CAGCCGGUGCUGGGAGACAAUUGGGGUUUGGGAGACAAGUGCUGAGAGGGCAAAGAGUCCCAUGGGAGAGUCCACACAGCGGGCACUGCGGGGGGCCCUGCGCUGUCGGGGUGCUGGGUGAGGAAGGGGCCCCUGAGGGAGCUGACAGGUGUCUGGAGAAACUCAUUUCGUUGUUAAAGGACUGUGUGCCCGGCUGGCACUAUCUGGCAAUGCCCCCCAGUGAGGGAGCCGGGGUGCCCCCUCUCACCCGGUGCUAGGUGCUGCCAACCUCCCGCUGGGAGAUCCUCCCUGAGCUACAGACUGGGCACCGACACCCACUGCCUGGGGACACUUACUGAUACACAGCGGGCACGGCACCUACCUGCUGACCAGGUGCGAGUGUCAAGCGGGAUCCUCGGUGCCCCUCAUCGUGUGCUGACAGCUCCCCGCACUGCGGACUGUGCCCGGAUAGCUGGCAGUGCCCGGUGGGAUAGUUGGCAGUGCCCAGGUAGCUGGCUGGAAGUCUUUGUGCCCAAGUUGUGGCUGGCAGUGUGUGUGCCCGGGUAGUUGGCUGUGAGGGGUUGGCAGUGCCCUCGGCGGGAUGCCCGGCAUGCAGUGACCGCGGGGAGAUGCUAGCAGCCCGGGUUCUUUUGCUGAUUGGCUGUUGCUGGCUCCUGCUGGUGCCGGUCCAGUGCUGCGGUCCUGGCCGGGGUCCGGUUGGCCGGCGCCGCCCCCCCACUCACCGGCUGCGGCCGCUCCACUACAAGCAGUUCGUGCCCAACGUGCCCGAGAAGACCCUGGGGGCCAGCGGCAAGAGCGAGAGCAAGAUCCGCCGGGGCUCGGACCGGUUCCGGGAACUAGUACCGAACUACAACCCGGACAUCAUCUUCAAGGAUGAGGAGAACACUGGGGCUGACCGGCUAAUGAGUGAGGUGGGUACUUACCUGUGCUACUAGUGUGACCCCAGCCCGGGUACUAUGUGCUGUGCUACUUACCUGUGCUACUAGUGUGACCCCAGCCCGGGUACUAUGUGCUGUGCUACUUACCUGUGCUACUAGUGUGACCCCAGCCCGGGUACUAUGUGCUGUGAUACCUACCUGUGCUACUAGUGUGACCCCAGCCCGGGUACUAUGUGCUGUGCUACCUACCUGUGCUACUAGUGUGACCCCAACCCGGGUACUAUGUGCUGUGAUACUUACCUGUGCUACUAGUGUGACCCCAGCCCGGGUACUAUGUGCUGUGAUACCUACCUGUGCUACUAGUGUGACCCCAGCCCGGGUACUAUGUGCUGUGAUACUUACCUGUGCUACUAGUGUGACCCCAGCCCGGGUACUAUGUGCUGUGAUACCUACCUGUGCUACUAGUGUGACCCCAACCCGGGUACUAUGUGCUGUGAUACUUACCUGUGCUACUAGUGUGACCCCAGCCCGGGUACUAUGUGCUGUGCUACCUACCUGUGCUACUAGUGUGACCCCAACCCGGGUACUAUGUGCUGUGAUACUUACCUGUGCUACUAGUGUGACCCCAGCCCGGGUACUAUGUGCUGUGAUACCUACCUGUGCUACUAGUGUGACCCCAGCCCGGGUACUAUGUGCUGUGCUACCUACCUGUGCUACUAGUGUGACCCCAGCCCGGGUACUAUGUGCUGUGCUACCUACCUGUGCUACUAGUGUGACCCCAGCCCGGGUACUAUGCGCUGUGAUACUUACCUGUGCUACUAGUGUGACCCCAGCCCGGGUACUAUGCGCUGUGCUACUUACCUGUGCUACUAGUGUGACCCCAGCCCGGGUACUAUGUGCUGUGCUACUUACCUGUGCUACUAGUGUGACCCCAGCCCGGGUACUAUGCGCUGUGCUACUUACCUGUGCUACUAGUGUGACCCCAAGCCCGGGUACUAUGCGCUGUGCUACUUACCUGUGCUACUAGUGUGACCCCAGCCCGGGUACUAUGUGCUGUGCUACUUACCUGUGCUACUAGUGUGACCCCAGCCCGGGUACUAUGUGCUGUGCUACUUACCUGUGCUACUAGUGUGACCCCAGCCCGGGUACUCUGUGCUGUGCUACUUACCUGUGCUACUAGUGUGACCCCAGCCCGGGUACUAUGUGCUGUGCUACUUACCUGGUCUGGGUAUUAUGAUGUGCUACUUACCUGUGCUACUAGUGUAACCCUCAGCUUGAGUCCUGUCUGCUGUGAAACGUACCUGUGCUGCUACAACUGUGGCCCCAGUCUAGGCAUUAUGUGAUGUGCUACCUGUGUUUCUAGUACCCGGGGUUGGUAAUGUGUGCUGCCUGUGAUACUUACGUGUGCUACUAGUGUGACCCCUACCUGGGUCCUAUGUGCCGCCUGUGAUACUUUCCUGUGCUACUGGUGUGACCCCAGCUAUGGUGUGCCAUUUUCGGUAUUUACAUGUGCUGCUAAUGUGUCCCCACGGUACUGCAGUUCACUAUUUAUAUGUGCUGCUAAUGUGGUCUUUUGAAUCCUGCUGUUUUCUAGACUGUACUUACAUGAGCUGGUAAGUGUUUGGUUCUCACCUGUGCUGUGAGUAUGCCACAGGAUUCUAUUUUGAUUGUUAUGGUUCUACUAAUGUGUUCUCCUGGGUUCUACAGGUCUGGUCAUUACUCGUGUUGCCACUGUGCAUAGCAGAGUACUGCCUUCCAGGAUUUACCUGUUUUACUAUUUUAGUCCAGAUGAACAUGUUGUUCAGUACUUACUUGAGCUAAAAAUGGGCAUCUUGGCUACAUGUUUAGUAAUAUGACAAUUAGAUGUACAGUACUGUAGCAUUAAGCUCAAAUUCAGGAAUUAAGAGUUUAAGAGUUUAAGAUGACCGUAGUGGUACUAUGGGUAAUUAAACAAGCAUCACUGAUUUUUUUUUUUUUUUUUUACUCAAAAGAUGAUAAAAUUAAUUUGCCAAUCAGGUUUGGUUGUAGCGUGAAACCAUAUUCAAUUAAUUAUUAGUUUACCAUUCAUUAAGAUUAUUGAAUGGCCAUUCAUUUUGCUUAUAUCACAAAAAAGUCCAUUGCCACUCAGCCAACAGCCAGCCCCAUUGAAGUAUUUCUUAUUCCUUACCAGUAUUGUAUUUAUCAGUUAUAAAGGUCCAACCUGUUAUGACUCAUUAUUUAACGAGGUUAUUGAGCACACAAAAAUGUGACAUAUGUAUAGAAUGGGAGUUGAAUUCUAAUCCAUAUAGCUCAUAGACAAUAGGGAACCAUAUCAACAUUGCGUAACUUGAAUACAAUUGACCUAUUUCUGAUAACAUGGGAGCCAAGCUAUAGGUAAGUCACAUAUAUCAGUGUGUAGUUUGUACAAUCAAGCUAUUUGAAUGUUUACUUUGUGUGUAGUGUAAUCUAUCUUUGCAAUAUUUCACUUACUCUCAAAGAGUUAAAUUAAAAUAAGAGUGCACAUUGGCCAUUGCUAGCCAAUCACUUAUAUCUCUUCAACAUAAAAUAUACCCUUGAUACUUAAUAUGUUUGUGAUCUACACCAACCAUGAUGCUAAGCCAACCUCAGAUGGGCUGGGCAUUAUAUGAUUUGAAAGGAGUUCACAAACAUCUGUAUGUUAAUACUGAGAAUCACUAACAUGAUAUUUCUUCUAUAUCCUGGUUUACUAAAUCUUGGAGACUUGAUUUAAAGAACCUUUAAGAAUGAACUGUAAAUAAAGACAUAUAUCCGCAGAAAAUCUCCUUCUCACCUCACCCUCCCCUCAAAAAAUAUUUCUGUUUUCCACAGGUAAAUUAUUUACUUUGAAUAACAAUUCGAGUUGUAAAACAAUUUGACAAGACUAAUAAUAGUAAAUGUUUCUAAUUGGACAAUAAGUCUUCCAAAAAGACUUAAAAAAAGUUUUUUUUUAUGUUUUAGAGUUUUUCAAUAUGUUGUGUUGUACUUUUUUAAUUUCUUUCUCAAAAUAUUUUAGUGAAUGAAAAUGGUUAAAAAAUGAAAAGAAUGAAGUUCUAUUAAAACCAUCACAGAUGCAGGAAGUUUUGGGGUGAGAAUGGGUAUACUGAAGAUGUGGCUUAUUUUACUCCUGAAAUAUACAUUAUUUUUGGAUAUUCAACAAAUAACUCCUUGCCUGACACUUCAGAAAACUCUGCUCAGUAUCCUGUACAUUAUUUGUAAAGCACCGACAAAUUUUGUAGCGCUGUACAGCAAAAUACCAGAACUGAAGGUUUAUAUCGGUCAUAAUUAAAAUAGCUUUUUUUUUUAUCACCUUUGUAUGAGAUUUUGUUCUUCUAGAUCAGUAUUAUAUAAACAGAGUUUUCAUGAUUUUAGGAUACAUUAUCUGAUGUCCAAAAAAUGUCCAUCCCGGCCAUAUUUAAAAGUUGCUUGUUAAUCACCACAAUUCUGUUUUGUAAAUAGAUCCUGCAUUGAGUGUAGUGUGACAUGGAUUCGAUUACAGACCUUUCCCCCCUGUACUACAGGUUACACAGAAACCAGUGUUACAGCAUAUUGGAAAUGUGCUCCCCUUUAACAUAUGACAGUCAUUUUAUUUUGUAAUCCGCUCUGUGCAGUGAGUAGGCAUUUAUGAUUUAUUUUUUUUUAAGAUUCGGAAUUGACAAUAUCACCAGAUUCACAAAAUAUUUAUUUUAGAAAGGUUUGUUUCCAAAAUUUAAAAAGCCAGCUGAUAUGCCAUAUAGCAAGAGUGGUUUAUUUAAAAUUAGCAGCUAGCUAUGAUAGUGAAAACUCCGUAAUAAUCUAUAAAUCACACUUUAUCUAGUUCCUGUUUUCUGACUGCAGAUCUGCAGAGUUGUGCAAUUAAUUUCAAUUCUUUUGUCAUUUGUGUCAGUGAAAAGGCAUUUUGAAUACCUUCUAUUGAAGCUCUCAUGUAAUAACUGUCACAUUUUAAGGAUUAUUUGGAAGUGCUAAACAAAGAGCUGUUAGUUCUUACUGUGGCUAUUCCAGACAGAAGGCUCAGUGAGUAGGGCAAGGGUUAAAUCUGGAGCACUAGGAAUUUUAGGCUAUGUGUAUGCGAUUUAGGUACUCUACUCAACUGUCACAAUUGCUGCUACAUACAUAUGGACAGGAAUGGGCACCUUUAUUGAGAACAUACAGUGUAAUAGACAUAUCCGUAAACAACCAUCUGUAAACAACCUGUUUUAUCUUAGGAUCUAGGGAAGGUUCACCAGACGGGUCUAUAUAACAUAUCACUACUAUCUGAUGUUGAUGGCUGGUGCAGGGCUUCAAAGGUGUACUCCGUGCUGUGACGUUGGGACAUAUUUGCUUUUAUCGUAUAUAGGUACAAGUGUAUUACUGUGUUGCUUGCUGACUUAUAUGGCAUAAAGACUGUUCCUUAAAGGAACUCCGCAGGCACCCAGACCUCUUAAUCUCAAAGAAGUGAUCUGGGUGCCAUGUCCAUGUUCACUCUGUUAUGUUAUACAUUUCUGUUCUGCAGAAACUGCAAUGUUUACUAGAGAUGUCGCGAACCGUCCGCGAACUUCCCACGAACGGUUCGCCACGAACCGUUCGUGGCAAACUCCGGUCAGCUGACACAUCCCGGCCAAUCUCCAGCAGACCCUCCCUCCCAGACCCUCCUACUUCCUGGACAGCAUCCAUGUUGAAAGCAGCUUUAACAUGGAUGCUGUCCAGGAGGUGGGAGGGUCUGGGAGGGAGGGUCUGCCGGAGAUUGGCAGGGAUGUGUCAGCUGACCGGAGUUCCCCACGAACGGUUCGCUGCGAACCGUUCGCGGGAAGUUCGCGGACGGUUUGCGACAUCUCUAAUGUUUACAUUGCAGGGUUUAAAUGCCUCUAGUGGCUGCCACACUGUCUGCCACUAGAGACUCUUCCAUCCAAAUAGCCAAAUGAAACUUAGCUAAUUUAAUCAGAUGGUCUGAUAGAGACCAUCUGAUUUGCACAGAGAGACAUUUUGCCGCACAUGCACACUGCCCUUUCAAUGCUUUUUUUAUAGGUAAAAAUUGGAUAGGCUGAGAUCAUCAAUCUUGAUAAUCUCAGCCAUAGAUGGCAGAACGGAGGCAAGCAGUGCUGGAUAAAAAUGAAGUAAAAAUGCUUUUUUUUCUUUCACAAAAACUAUGUGUUUUCUUUCACUUUUUCUUUACUCUAGGAUGAAUUUCACACUAACCUCAUAUCAUUAGCUAGUAAUAGGUAUAUAUUAACACUAAACUAAUAUUAUUUUAAUUUAUAUAUUAAAUAUAUUGUGUUUGUAUGUCAGUCUGUCUACCUAUCUUUCUGCCUGUCUGUUUGUUUAGAAAUUACACCUUCUGCUUCCAAAAGUUUACUUGGAGGAUGUAAAACAAAGCUUAAUGUAAAAUAGUGUUGGUAAAAAUAUAAUCCUUAGUGCACAGGUGAUUCUAUUGUUUACUCAUGUAGUUCAGACCACUGUUAAGCCCAUGGCUAUGACUCGUGCAUAAAAGUGUUUUCAGACUUGGAGGGAUAUUUCACCCCUAGUGCUUUCCACAGAUUCAAGACUUGGCACACUCUGUACACCAUCCUUGGUGUUCUAUAAUGAAUACCAAAUCUUAUGAUAAUACCUAUACGAUUUGGCUACACAGAUUUUUAUUACUGCAGUCAACAAUAUGAGUGGAGGCUAGUCCAUAGGGGCAGGUGGGACAGCGCCCCCACCCCAGUGUUUGUUACAAUUAAAUAAAAUCCUAUCCAUGCUUGUGGUAAAACUUAAUGGGAAAUGUGCCACGAUUAGUUAAGAGGUGUAGUCCCUCCUUUUUUGAUGGCUGGAGAUGAGCCUGAAAGGCAAAGAAAGUAAUCAUGUUAAGAUGUUGGUUUGAUCGGACAAACUGACAUCACCCAUUGGCUUUUCAUUAGGUCAUCAGAUCCUGAAAAGCCCUAAAAGAAAGGCUUGCUUAUCGUCCUGUGUUCAUUGGGUAACAACAUUGGGGCAGAGUCAGACUGCCUUAAAGUGGUGGCUGUUUUCCAAAUACGUGUAAGGCAUCUAUAAGUAUAUGGUGUUAAACAGGGCAUGUUGUCAGAGGUUGUGCUGUACUGGGGUGGAAUAAGACCCUAUCAAGACAGGGCGUGGAAUUGAUCAGAUCAGAGGCAGUGGCAGCAGCUGCAGACUUGAAUACAAGUAAGAUUUUACUAUAUUUAGGGAGACAACAGGGGGGCUAGAUGGUGGUUUUAACACUAUAGGGUCAGGAAUGCAUGUUUGUGUUCCUGACCCUAUAGUGUUCCUGUAGAAUUGGAAACCUAAAUCCUGUCUGUAUACAUUCGGUAUGAAAUAUUCUUCUAUCGUUGGUUAAUAGAUUUGAUAUUGAGGAUAACUGUAAUUUGCAAUGAAUACAGACAGCACUGAAGAUUGUAAUCCUGUGUGCGCAAUCUGUGGCUCUUCAACCAUUAGUGAGCAGAGAGCCUAUUAAAUUCAGCCACCCUAUUGCAUGUAUGUGAUUGGAUACUAAAAUGGCCCCUUAACUACUCUAUAAUUACACCAAAAACGUUGGUGGCUCAUUCUUGUCUUUAUUAAGGAGAAGUAUUUAUAACUGAAAUUUCACAUUUCCAUUCAAAGUAAUGGACAAGUAAUAGACAAAAACAAUUAUGCGAUUUGACCAAAGGUUAUCCGAUCUCUUGGUAUAGUAACAAUCCCUGGAUGUUGGGCUAAGGUAACAUCCCCAGGACGUACUUGAAAACCAGAGUAAUCUGAAUGUGCCUUUCCUGGUUGUUAUUAUUAUUAUUAUUAUUAUUAUAUGGGGCACACAGGUAGCCUAGAACCCAUGCUACUAAAAGAGAUGAAUUUCCUUCAUUAUACACUGGGUUAGUUAGCUUGGGAGGAGGUAUAUACUGCCCCCACUUUAACUAUGUAAAGGAAGUAUCUGUUACCCCUAGUGGCACUUGUUGCAUAACACACAUAAAAGUGAAAAACAAUUAUGAAAUGUAAAAUGUGUAUUGCCCAUCCCACACUUUACAAGCUCUGUCUAAACGAGAAAAACCUCUCCGGAACGCAACAUCACACUCUCUACUAAUGACAUUCACACAUUUAAAGACAUUUAUUAGGAAACUGGAUGAUAACAAUCUCAUUAUUAUUGAAACAAUGUUUGCAAAGAAACAAAAUUAGUUAAUAUUACUCCUUGUUCUUUUGGAAAGCCUGGCAGCUAGUUGGUACUCUAGAUAACUUCCUUUUGUUUCCUCCAAGGCCUCAUCAGCCCCACACAUGUCUACUAGAAUGUUAACCCUUCCAUAUAAUCUGGCUAUAAGACCUUCAUAGUCUUAGGGUGUUCAUGGAUAUAAUAUUUUCUUUGAAUCUUUGCUACCAGUCUCUAUUUUGUCCAUUUUGUUUCACUUGAAAAAAUCAUGCUCGCUAUCUUGACCUAAUCUAGUUAAACAAUGUAUAAUAAUUGUCCUUAAUUUAGCCUUCUACCUUGGCAAUGUGAUUUCUAUGUGCUACUGUUUUCCCCAAUGAAUAGUUAUGAUAAAUAAAACAUUCUUUUCAUCUUUCCCCUGUGGUUCUAUCAUGCAUUUCCAUUUCAUUCUUGGUUAUUUCCACAAGGUUCCUUUUUCUUGUAAAUUAUUUUGAAUGUGGGUACAUUUUCAUGGAAGUCACUUAAAUCCUGAAAAAAAUCUCUACACCAGGCCACCCAUUUUUACACGCACACAUAUAGGUCGUAUAUCUAUAGUUCUUUCACCCUCCCUUUACUGUACCUCCAAGCUUCUUGUUUAAAUAGGAUCAUGGUUUUCCGUUAUCCUCUCGGGAAUGUGUGAGUCACGUCACUAGUGAACGGCGCUGGGUGGCGUGUGUAAUCCCCAGCCCCACCGUGACCAGGAAAUCCGCUCAAGGUAUGAGGCAUCAAGUAUUUAUAGUCGUGGUAUAAGGCAGUAACCUGCACCCAUAUAAUAAUGCCUUUCUCCUGGCAGAUGUUUCCAAAGUGAAGGGACUUACUUAACCCUUAAUCGGCAGCAAUCAAGCGUAUAUUAAAAUACACUGUGUCCUGAAUUGAACUCUAGUUCCGCUUUGUUAGAUGCCAAAGCCAAACAAACAAAUCAAUAAAACAAAAUGUAGUCUGUAGAAUAUAAGGACAAGCUUGAAGGAUGAACCAAGUGCUUUGAAAGGUAUGUAAUACUUGUGGCCAAAUGUAUGUUUAGAAACAAAUGGUAGUCUUGCUUAAAAUUUAUGAAAAUUCCUGGAGCCUGCUCUUAAAAUGUAGGCACUUUAGCCUCUUAGAAUUCAUAAACUUUUGGAUUAACUAUGUGAGUGCCAGAAUUCACACACAAUAACAGAAAUGCCUUACUGUACAAUAAUUACAUAGGAUGUCAUGUACUAUACAAUAGUGCACUAGAUGUGGACAGGAACGAGGUUAAAGGAGCUUAAUAAGCAAUUGUUUUAUAAAUAGAGAAUUAUCUUAUUGAUUGGAUAUAAUGUAUUAGAGCCCGCAAUCAAUGCACGUUUCUGCUACUAGACCUUGUAAAUACAUUUACUUUUAUAUUCACAGUGCGAAGGUCAGUGAUAUCAUAGAUGAAAGUAUUUCUAAAAAAAGACAUCCGUUAAAUCUUUAUAACAUUUUAAAUUUUUAAUGGAUGAAAACAAAAUGGGAUAAAUGAUCCUGCAACUUAAUUAUCAUCAUGUGUUAAAAAUCCGUGUAUAUGAAGACGACCAUUUUGCCCCAUGGCAAUUAUCUUUGGAGAGUGUGCUCAUAAAUAUUUCAUGACUUUGUGGAUAAAGGACUCUGGAUUGACCAGAUUUCCACCAGAAUCUCCAUAUUUGCCAGCCAAUUGCUAGGCCUCUAGGGCAGCAUGUUAAUCUCCAUGAUGUUCAUUCCAUUCCCAGCGACACAUCUGUAUUUUUUAGUGGUCUGGACCUAUUUUGGGUUGUCCUACUAAUCUUUAGUAGAUUGCUACUUUGUCCUCAGAAUCACACCUUUGUAGCUCCAAUAGAGUAAGGUAGAAUAGAAUCCCAGUGUCAGUUUUCCUGGAAGAUGACUAUACUUGUAGUGGGUUGGCAUAAUAAUUAACUGUGGGAUUACACAACGGUAGGUAGUAGGCAUACUAUAAGCAAACAAACUUGUAUUCCUUACAGCAGAGGUUCCCAAUUAUUUUUUCCCGUAGAACCCUUUGACACAGUGUAUCAAGAUCGUGAAAACCCCCUAUCCCCCCACCCACUCCUCCACCCAAAAAAUUAUUUGGUGCCAUAGCGUAAAUCUUUUAAUUAGCAGAGCAUAAUGUUUCUACUAAUUUCUACAGAUCAUAAACAGAUUGUAGUACUUAGUCUCAGGUGUGCUUCUGUGUGUAGAGUUGGUGUUUGUGUAUAAUUUUGGCAUUUUAAUACAGGGAUAUGUUUGUAUGUAAUGUUUGCAUUUGCGUGCAGAGAUGUGUUUGGAUGUAGUGUUGGAUUUUUAAAUGCGGAUGUACAUUUGUGUGUAGUAUUGGUGUUUGAGUGCUUGUAUAUCAUUUUAGCGUUAGAGUUCAGGGGUGUCUUUGUAUGUCAUGUUUGUGUUUGCAGGAGUGUGUGUUGUGUUGAUUUUUGAUUGCUGGGAUAUAUGUACAUGUACUGCUCCAUACUUACGCAUAUACAUACACAUUAACAAACAGAAACACACCGACACAUACACAGUCAUAUACACACUAACACAUACACACACACUGACACAAAUACACACACUGGCACAUACAAACAAAGAUGCACACACCUUAACACAGAUACACACACUGGCAAAAUACACACACUGACAGAUACACUGGCACACAGAUAACACACACCUUGACACACAGAUACACACUGGCACAUACACACACACUGAUACACAGAUACACACAUUGGCACAUACACACACACAGAUACACACUGACACACAGAUAAACACACUGGCACAUGCACACACUGACAAACACUGACACACAGAUACACAUACUGACAGAUACACACACCUUGGCACACAGAUACACACACUGGCACAAUUAUUAUUAAUGUAUUAUUGAUAUAGCGCCAGCAAACUCCGUAACACUGUACAAUGGAGUAACAGACACGUAAUUGUAACCAGCAGGAACAGAGGGGUGAGGGCCCUGCUCAAUGAGCUUACAUGCUAGAGGCAGUGAUACACAUAUUGGCACAUUGGCACACACACUCACACUGACAGAUACACUGACACAUACACAAACACACACACACACACACACACACACACACAAAUACAAUGACACACAGAUAUACACUGACAGAUACAUUGACACAUAGAUACACACACAGUGACACAUACACACAUCAUGAUACAGACACAGAAACGCAUGCAUACACACUCAGAUACACAUACUGACCGAUACACACACCUUGGCACUCAUAUACACAUACUGGCAACUACACACAAAGAUACACACACACACACUGGCACAAUGAUACACACAUUGGCACAUAUACACACACACACUGACAGAUACACUGACACAUACACACACACACACACACACUGACAGAUACACUGACACAUACAAACACACACACACACACACACACACACACACAAAUACAAUGACACACAGAUAUACACUGACAGAUACAUUGACACAUAGAAACACACACAGUGACACAUACACACAUCAUGAUACAGACACAGAAACGCACAUGUACACACUCAGAUACACUUACUGACCGAUACACACACACCUUGGCACACAGAUACACACACACAUACACUGGUACAAUGAUACACACAUUGGCACAUCUACACACACACUGAGAGAUACACUGAAACAUACACACGCACACACACACUGACAUAUACAUUGACACAUACACACAGACACAGACACAUAGAUAACACACACAGACACACACAUUGACAUACACAGAUAUACACGUUGACACACAUAUACACACUGGCAGAUACGCAUUGAAAUACAGAUGUACACGCACAUAGACACACACACCUUUAGUGCUGCUGGCUGAGGUUGGUGUGCUGCUCAGUCCCUGCUGCGCCCUCUCUUCCUCCAGCUGGCAUGCUUUGUCUAUGAGGAAGUGCUGUCACUUCCUCCCAGCAUCCCAUACUACAGGGGCUCGGUCGCUGUCUUAGAUGGCCGCGGCACCUAAGCAGACCCCUGUUUAGUGAUACCCAUCGGGUGGCCCUAAAUGCUUGGGCCACCCAAUGGGCAAAUCGCCUUGGAAACCCAAUUUUGUUUUCACAGAACCCUAGUAUUCCAUGGAACACCAAUUGGGAAAUGCUGCCUUACACUAUAGUUCCCUCGCACACUCCCCUAGCAAGUCACCUAGCAAGCAGGAAGUGCCUCUAGUGACUGUCUGACAACCACUAGAGGCAGUCUUAGUCCUGCACUGUGGGGCAAUGCAGGCACUGUAGCAAAUGAUGGGAUAAAUGUGCCACUUUGUGAAGUUGGAUUAUGCAUGGCACUGGCAGUUUCAUUUGGUUAUGUGUUCAGUGGUGCGAUAAUGGGGCCCCAAUGCAGUUUUACUAUGGGGGGCUGCAAUAUCUGGAUCCCUAUAUAGUAAUAGGAUCCCUAUAUAGUAAUAGGAGUCAUGCUGUACCACCUUCUGUGUCUGGUUCAAUAUAUAAUUAUACGAAUCAUGCUGUACCACUGUCUUUGUCUAGAUCAAUAUCAUGGGAGGACACAAUUUUCUGUCCUUACCUCAUGCACAAAAGGAGCUUACUACGGCUCUCCUGGAUAAACAAAGUGACUUAACUCCUAACUGGCAGAGACUUGAGCAGAGAGACUGCAGGGGCAUAUGAUCUAUACACCAUAACUGCUUCAUUAAACUAAAGUUGUUUUGGUGCCUAUAGUGUCCCUUUAAUGCUUUGUACCCCAUAACAACUACAGGGAUUAAACCGUUUAAUGGUUUAAAGGAUUUCUCCAACCCUUUUUUGUACAAUAUAGAAUAUGCCCUAUCGGCAUUAUUUUAUCUGUUUCCCCCAAUGUAAAUGCUCAAAGAGCGUUUUAAGAGAAGAUUUACUUGCCUCAAUCCAGUUCUGGGAAAAGCUCCUCGGCACACCCCUGUGUGAUGGCAUGGGAGCAAAGCCGAGGUCCAAUCAAAGGCUUACCAUGGAGUCUUUCAUUGGAGGAUUUAAAGGGCUCAGUGUGCAUGUGCACACUCUGAGCUCACAAUGGGAGGGGAAAGGGAGGGAACAGAGCCAGAGGGAGGGCAGGCAAUUACAGAUGGGAUAGUGCGGUAGGAGGGCUUCCAUCGGUGUCUGUGAGAGGGAGGGAACACAACAGCUUCUCUCUUGCAGGUCAUUUCUGAAAGGGAGAAGCCGUUAUGUCUGUUGGCAACGUGCAGUGCAAGCUGGCAACAGACGUAAAGGGAGCACCGAAUUGACAUUGUAAACAGAGUUCUGGGCUGCCUAUGACACAUGUGCUGGGGGUUAAACUAUCCCCCAGCACACAAUCAAAUAUCUCUGGAUGUGCAGUGUUUCAAUUUGAGACACUGCAAAUCGAGGCUCCUACCACCAUGACCACUUCAAAAAGCAGAAGUUGUCAUGGUACUUUAAAUUACUUGUAACUUUCACGUUGGUCCUCCAGAGCACUAGAUGUCUACCUCUCAGCGUCCUUUCGACUAGGCAGUGCAGUCUAAUAAAGAGGUUGCCAGACUUCUGCUGAUAGGAUGAGAGUAUCAGAUCAGACCCAGAUCAGAACAGGCACACCAAAUCCAUGGCAGAGAGCGAUGUGAAGGUCCAAAAUAAGAAAAAAUAAAAUGGUAUUGAUGAAAUAUCUGGCAAUAUGGUAUUUUGCACCGAAAACCUGCAGUGUGUAGGAUAGAUUUAGCAUGAAAAUAAAAAUGCCUAUAAUAUUUUGCAAAGUCUAUUUACAAUUUAGCCUCUGUUGGAUUCCAUCUCUUGCUAUUCAUGUGUGUGUGUGUUCAGGGAGUCAAGAGAAUUAUGACUGAUCAUCCUAGUGUUGGACAAUGAGGUAGCAGACAAAACUAUGCUCUGUGCUCUUUUGUAUAGUCAAAUGGUCUCUAAGGGAUCAGUAUGUCAAGAAUAGCAGUAAAUAAGUAGAACAAUCCAUACUAGAUUUGGAUUGGUCAGACCAAGAAUCUGAAGAUGGCAUUAACAUUCAUUAAAGGAACACUCCAAUCACCAUAACCACUAACAUUCUCAGCCAGGGGAGCUAACGGAAACUCCUGCUUAAGAAUUUCAGCUCUCCGAUGGUAAUAGUGGUAAAAACUUAAUACAUUAAAAAAUGGUUUGACUACUUACUGUGGCGGUGUGUUACAGCACUUCUGGCCCCAAGCAAGCUGUAGUGGUUAUGAUGCUUGGAGUGUAUCUUUAAUAGGUUAAUAAUGCAAUAGGACUUCUCAAUUUUUUUGCAACUAUUGCUCAUUUCUUUUCAUCCAAGGGGAUUCUUCAUUAAACAGUGACUUUGAAGUUAAUGUAUAAUAGCCCUCCAGACAGUCUAGUACUGCUCACGUAGAUGGCAAUUUUAACUUGAAUUUUGUAAGCCACCUCCUCAAAACUCGCAUUUUAUAGUUAAACUGACAGAUCAUUUGACAUAGGGAGUAGGUAGUUGCAUUUUCUACUUAACACAGAACAGUGUUAAAAGAUAAAAAAAAAAAAAAAGACCAAUCUUAUCUGCCCAUAUCCUAAUUAAAAAUAUCAGCCUUAAUUCUUGAUUUUCUUUUGUACUUAGUACAGUGUUUAUGGCAUUCCUAAGUUUCCGGAAAUCCACUAAUAUCUAAACAGUCACCGUCUAUCCCUAAAAUAUUAGUUCCUCUACAUUUACCACAAUGCGACAUCAAAGCAUGGCCUGUUAAUCUACCCAUUGUCCAAUGUUAAGGUUACACAUUUGCUUUUCUGUGCGGUUUUUAGAAACUUUUUUGUAAAAAAUGUUACUUAUUAAAAUCUGAAGCUAAUAUUCACAACAAAUAUGGACAAGAACCAUCCAAUUUAAAGAAACAAAAGUACAAAAAAUAAAAAUCUACAACAACUUUAAACAGGGGCCCAAUAUCUAUAUCCAUAUAUUUUAAUUAACCCUCAAUAAAAGAAAGCAAAGACAUGCAAGUGGCAUUCCUAUAACUAUUAUGAAGUAAUUAUCAGCUUGCUCACCCCCAGUCUUUCACCCAACCUGCAAGGGUUAAUAAUAUGAGUAUCUUUAUCUUGCGUUACACAAUGUGUAAGGGUUGCGGACUUACAGGGACACUAUAGUCACCAGAACUACAGCUUAAAGGAUCACUAUAGUGUCAGGAAAACAAAGCGGUUUUCCUGACACUAUAGUGCACUGAGGGUGCCCCCACCCUCAGGGUCCCCCUCCCGUGGCGCUGAAGGGGUUAAAAACCCCUUCAGCAGCUUACCUUAAUCCAGCUCUGGGCUCCCUCAGCGCUAGUGACCUCUCCUCCCCCGCCGACAUCAGCUCCCUCUGCCGAUGUCAGCUGAGCUGAAUGCGCGACAAGCGCCGCGCGCGCAUUCAAGCUGUCAAUAGGAAAGCAUUUCUCAGUGCUUUCCUAUGAACGCUCUGCGCAAUGGAGGCAUAAUAUGCCUCCAGCAUCGCAGAUGCACCUCUAGUGGCUGUCCGGAAGAAAGCCACUAGAGGCUGGCUUAACCCUGCAAUGUAAACAUAGCAAUUUCUCUGAAACUGCAAUGUAAACAUAGCAGUUUCUCUGAAACUGCUAUGUUUGCAUCUGCAGGAUUAAAACCUGAGGGACCUGGCACCCAGACCACUUCAUUGAGCUGAAGUGGUCUGGGGGACUAUAGUGUCCCUUUAAUGUAGUUGUUCUGGUGAGCAUAGUCGGUCCCUGCAGGCUUUUUGCUGUAAACACUGUCUUUUCAGAGAAAACACAGUGUUUACAUUGCUCCCUCGGGACACGUACAGUGGCCACUCCUGAGAUGGCUACUAGAGGUGUUUCCUCUGUCAGUAUCUCCACCCUCUACAUGGAGAUACUGAACUUACUUCAUAGAGAUGCAUUGAUUCAAUGCAUCUCUAUGAGGAGAUGCUGAUUGGCAAGGGCAGUGUUUGGCUUCGCCCAAGCAUCCGCCUCCUUGGCUGAGAUCAUCAGAAUUGCCCAUCUCAGGCAAUUCAAUGUGAUUGGAUGAAAUCAUCACUUCUGAUGAUGUUAGCCACGGAGGCAGAUCAGGGGCAGAGCCAGCAGCAGCAGACUAGAAUAAAAGUAAGAUGUCACUAUAAUUAAGGGGCUAGGGGGGGACAGGUAGUAUUUUUAACACUAUAGGGUCAGGAAUACAUGUUUGUGUUCCUGACCCUAUAGUGUUCCUUUAAUACGAUUAACAUUGCCCUCUUUAGUAUUGUAUAGUAUUGUCAUUCUACUACAGAGACAUUUGUAAGGACACAUUUUGAGUAGAUGUCCACACAUUUGCAGGCGAUUUUGGCAGUUUAGUAUAUUCAAUAUGUAAACUUGCUUGAAGUUGCCACACGUUUUAAGUCCCUUUAGCAUCCUUUAUUUUUGUAAAGCCUUAGAGGUUUUAUCCUGAAUUGAGUACAAACAAGAUUACAAGUGGUUGCUAUAAGGAAAAUGUUUUGCUGUGCUAAUAUGCCCAUCUGUAGAAUCCGGAAAACCUAAUUUUCCUCUAUGGAAAUCCCAUAGAGCCUCUUGCACAUCAUCCAAAAAAUACAGGUAGUCUAAGUUUCACAUUCAUACUGUCAGUGAGGGUCUUCGUUCAUUGGCUGAGAGGGGUGUGGUGCACUAGGGCACCAUUGUAAAGUGCACUCUAAAAGAUGUAUGCUGUAGAUUACAAAACCUAUAUAUACAUAUAUACAUAUAUAAAAAUGCAAUAAUCCCCUGCGCUUGAAAAUUUUUCCAAUACCGGGCGCAUCACCCUUUGUUGUCUUGUUGUCUUUUUGACCCUGAGGAAGGUCCCGAGCGGAGACCGAAACGUUGGUCGUUAUUUUUAAUACUACUUAAUACAUUUUCAUUUUAAAGUCUUGAGAGCAGCCUGCCUUGUUGGAUUCUUUAUAUAUAUAUAUAUAUAUAUAUAUAUAUAUAUAUAUAUAUAUAUACCACUACUUUUUCGGCAGCAUCAAUGGCUAUAGUGCCAAAAACAAACCCAAAUCAAAAAACCUACCUGAACACUUUCCCAGAUCACUAUGUUUAUUUAAAUAAUGUAAGUGUAAGUUUACCUGCCAACAUCAAGGCAAACCUCGCAGGUCAGAUUUGGGAUUUGGGAUAGUGUACCAGUGACUUUUUCAGCUUUUUGUUUUGUGUUUUGUUCCAGUGUUCUUUUGAGAUGUUACAUGUUCUUUUGAAAUGGACAUGGUGGUAGAAUAUGUAUUAACAGAUACACUGUGUAUAUGCCCCACACCUAUGGUAAGGUAUAUUAGUAGUAUCAUGUAUCAUUCUCUGCCAGUGUGUAGCAAAUCUGUUAAUCUGCCAAAAAGAGAGAUGGGGCUGAAUUAUUUAGUUUUUAUAUGUAUAUCUAGCAAUUUUGACAGCAGAGUGCAUUGCUUGGCUUCUCUACUCUUGGAACUAGACCAAAAAACAAACAAGAAAACAGGCAAUAGAAAACAGGCAAAAAUUAUUCUUAUUAACAGAAAAACAAAAUAGUCAAAAUGCAUUUAUGUAAAAAAAUAUUGUCUAUGAGCCAUCUUAGAAGGUUGCACAUUCAAGGGCUUGGUGAAAGUUUUAGAAUUUAUGAAAUAUAGAAAUACAUCUAGCCUGGUUUAUUUAAAAUAAAAUAAUCAGAAAUGUUUGGUAAUAGCUUUUAGCAGUAAAGAUUUAUAUUUCCAAUAUGUGUCACUGCUACCAAACUGGUAGUAGUGGUGACACAUAUUUUAUUAAGUUACAACUACAUGUCUGUUCGUCCACCCAUUGUAAAGCGCUGCGGAAUUUGAUGGCGCUAUAUAAAUAAUAACAUAAUAAUAAUAAGUACAGGGUGGGCUGUGAUGUUGCUCAGUUUGACAAGAGUGUUCUGCUCUGUGGGGUGAGUUCCUAGGCACUUCAAACAUAUUACAUGACAGAUGCUGUCAUAUUUCUCCUGGCAUCCAUGAUUAGAUCCUGGAUCUUGAUUUACUAGGAUUCCACAUCACCGUCGUACUUGUGCGUGUUCAAGGGUAGAACACAGAUAUCCAUGAAGGAUUCCAUAAGACUCUUUUUGCAAAAACUUGACAGUGGAAGCUGUGCUGUUACCUUUUAGACUUGACCAUAACAAUAUAGUUCCUAAUUUACCUUAUGAUAUUGUUUCAUUGCUUUGGAAUUUCAAUGAAAUUCCAGCGCAGUCAAAAUUAGUAUGUCAUAAAGAUUUUAUCUUCACGAAAUGCUCAGAGGUGGCACAGCUGCUUUAACAACUGCAGAUAUUUUUGCAUCUGCAGCAGACCUUUUUUUUUUCUUUUUUCUUUUUAAUUUCUUGUUAAAGGAAAAAUGCAUUUAUUUGUUUUAAUCGUGUACGUUCAUGUUAUAAUUCCUAGGCUUGUGCAAUAUUAGUGAGCUAGCAGUCUCUUUGAACUUUUCCUCUGAUCUGUAUAAAACCUGUUGCUUGGCUUAAUGUUUAACAUCUCGCAGUUUAUGUAUGUGUUUGCAUCAAAUCAAAAGGGUAAUAACAGCAGGCACAUGACUUACUAGAAGUCAUGCCAUCAUACAUGUUUCUUGUGAAAAUACAUGUUUCUUGUAAAAUGUAAUAUAAAGUAAAAGAAACUUGCAUUUUGCAAAAGAGUCAGCACAUUCAGUUUUAAGUGUAGUUCGCUUUAAUUGCUAUGGGUUUAAAGCAACGCUAAAGGCACGCAGACGACUUCAUCUCAAUGAAGUAGUCUUGGUGCCAUGUUCCCGUUGUUUCAACCGUCCCGCUGAAUGGCAAUGGUUUCAUUGCUGGGUUAAUCUGCCUCAAGUAGCUGUCAUUCUUACAGACACUAGAGGGGUUUCUCUGGAAUAGUGAAGUAAGACUCCAUUAUUUAUAUCACAUGGUCUCAGAUACCAUCAGAUUGGUGUAGCGUGUCAUUUAGCCGCACAUGUACGUUAACCCUCUGCAAUGCUUCCCUACGUGGAAGCAUUGGAUUCGCCGAGAUCAUCAAUCUUGAUGAUCUCAGCCAAAGAGUUGGAGCUGCAUACCAGAGACCAGCGCUGCAUGAGGGAAGAGUUACGUAAAAUCACCUUUUUAACCCUGACAGCGGGGGUCCAGUAACCUAAAUGGUGGCUAGUGCUUUAUAGUUUUAGGGAUAAAAAUGUUGUAUUCCUAAUGCAAUGGUGUUCCUUUACAUAUGGAACUACUGGUUUCCCCCCCUCCACCACCACCACCAUUUUUUCUCCAACUGUUGUUCUAAGACUCUUAAUUCUGUAAAAGCACUAAAACAGAUGGGUUUAUUGAAAUGACUGCAUCCCCUGCUCCUGCCAGCCAGCCAGCCAGCCAGCCAGCAAGGGUAAUAUGCUAAAGUUGAUAUUCUGGGGAAGAUUCUUUACUUCACAUUUGGUCAUUUCACAUUAAAGUCACACGUCACUUCUCCAUACCUUUCUAUUCUUCCUAAAGCAUUUUCUUUUCUUUCUUUUUUUCUUUUUUCCCCAAGAACCCAUCUUACAUUCUUCUUAACUGAAUGGAAUGGCAAUUAUUUCAAGGAUUUUGAAGUGUUAUUUAUUUUUUUCUUUUUAUGGGUGAUAAACUUUUGCUGACCCUGUAGCACUCCUUGAACUCACAAAGCAGUCAGCCCCCUUUGAGAAAACAUAGAACCCCCCCUCCCUACACACCUUGAUAUCUUCUUCUAUUUGAGUGUGCUUUCUGCAGAGCUAACUGGCUGCUAUACUUGUUUCUAAGUUGUACACUUUGUUUAUUCCAUACCUACCAAUAAAUCAGAUCAUGGAAGAGAAAAACUGAUGUUUUAGGGGUAUGGAUGACAUCUGAUGAGUGCGUGGUGUAUUAUUAAUAAUUUUCAGGACUUCACGACCUAUAGAUGGCUGUUUAUGUAAUUGGGUAUGUCAUGCAGAACAAAAGCAAAGUAUUGCAUUUACACAAAGUAAUUUCUAAGCACAUUUAGUGCAGUUUAGACACACAUUACUGUGAGUUUUAUUGCUGUUGGGCCCUGUAAAACAGUCACACACCAAGUAUAACAAGCUCCUGGAAAAGGAAAUCAAGUCAGGAAUGAGUGGUUGAGAGUUUGGGUGAAUAAAAGAGGUAUUCUACCUCCAAAAGAUAGACUUGUUAUUAUAUAUAAAUAUAUAUAUAUAUAUAUAUAUAUAUAUAUAUAUAUAUAUAUAUAUAUAUAUAUAUAUAUAGGUCAUUAAACUGUUCAGUGGCUGUUUAGCAAAACCCAUACCUGCAGUAACAUAGUUAUCUAAAAGUAUUAAGAAUUAUUCAGGACCUUCUGAAGGCUCAAAUUAAAGUAGAAUUCACAAAUAAAAUGUUAUCCUAAAAUAAGAAAACCAAACGCCAAAACUGAUUCAUAUUAGCCCCUACAUGAUUCAUCUCCAACAUAGAUUUGUAAAAUAUUGUUGGCCUAACUAAGGUAGUUUUCUAUAUGGCAUAAUAACAUGAAAGAGUGAAGGUCAAUCAUUCAAAGAUUGCUUUCUUCAAACUUGCUCCUCCACCCAUCCCUUUCUGUUGGAGUAACUCAGCAGUGCAGUAGAAUAAUUGUCCUGUACACACAUUUAAAUAUUUUGUAUGCCUACCUACUCCUCUGUGCUUCUUAAACUUAUUUUUCCAUCCGUUGCUUGUUUUGUGCCCUAACCUUUCAUUUUUUGAAUGUGCACCUUUUUUUGAGCAGCACAACAGAUUUAUCAAUCUUUCUGGCAAUUCUUUUCUGUUUAAUUUCUCUUUUUUUUUCUCCCCUCUAAAUUUUGCAAUCUUUCAAAAUGAAUAUUUCUGUGAAAAACUGUUGAAAUUUACUAUGGAGAUAACUGUAAAUUUUUAAAUCUUUUAGAACACUGCAUGCGUAUGAUCAAAAUAAUUUCUCCUCUUUUAUGUAUUCUUUCUCCAUGCUGACUCCGUUUCUUGGGAGGGGAGGGGGGCUCUCUACCUCUGUGAUUUUGUUGAGCACUAUACCUAAAUUUAGAUAAAAAGAACCGAGAUGGAAAUACUUUUCACUGGAGGCAGAUUGGAGACUUUUUUCAAACUCUGCUGUUUUAGCUUUAAGUGAAGACAGUUAUAAGUUCACCAUUAAUCACUGUUUAGUAAAUAAAAACUGUAUUCUAUGUCUGCACAGCAUAGUGCAUGUGUAAUAAUGCCUCCCUUAUGACCGUUGCCCCUCUGAGUCAUUACUAUCUACUAGCAAACUAAUAAGAACAUAUCUAAUGGGGUCUUUUUUCCCCCAGGAAACAUGAUAGCAUUGUGUGUCACAUUGUGUUUCAGCUAAUUGCAAAUACUAUCCAACCGUUUCUUCUUGAUGUUAUUGACUUUGUUAAUCUUGCAGUGGAGUAGGUCUAACUUCAGGUUGUGUCCAGCAUUCAUUUUUGGCAUAAUGAAUUACACGUACAAUAUCCUUCCAUUUUUAUUUAUACAUAAAUCCAUUAGAGCAACUGUUUUUUUUACAAUGAACCGUAGUGGUGAUGGUGCUUUAGCCACAAGACUGAUGUUCUUAAAGUAACAAUCCAAGCACCAUAACCACUAUAACACACUGUAAUAGUUAUGGUGCCUGGAGUGCUCCGGCACUCCUCCAAUGUAAGCAGUCAAACCAUUUUAGAACGGUUUGACCUAUUACCUUGAUUCUGCCAGGUGUCACUUCUGACUUCACUACGACCUUGAGAGAGCUGGAAGAUCUCUGUCUCAACUUAGCCCAGUAAUGCUUAUCAGAGAUCAGCUGACACUCUCACCCAAUGAGCUAGUGCUGCAUUCCGGGGCUUAGCUCAGGAGAGCUAACAGAAACUUCCAAGUAGGAUAUAAUGGCUCUCUGAAGGCUGUGGAGACACAAAUAAGAAGUCAAAACCACUCUAAAAUGGUUUGACUACUUACAAUGGCAUGGUGCCAGGGCACUCCUAGCACCAUCAUCACUGUAGCGAGCUGUAGUAGUUGUGGUUCUUGUAGUGUGCCUUUAUUAAUAGCUUUGGUAUUUAUCCACUACAACUUAUCCUCACAGGCAUCCUGCCUUGUCGUUACUAUAUUUUCUUUUCACUGCCUUCUUGCAUAGUUACUCUGUCUAUAAUUUAAACAUACUAUAAACAUAAUUGUUAUUCGCUAUCACUUUGUUUCUAUUACCCUAAAUCGCUUGAAAAUUUAAGAAAAGGACUGUAAGAUACAAAAUAUCUACGAGUCAGCAUAGAGAAAGGAUACAUAAAAGAGGAGAAAUGAUUUUGGUCAUAUGCAUGCAGUGUUCUAAAAGAUCUAAAAAGUGCUAGUUUUCUCCAUGGUAAUUUUUUUCAUUUUUUUUUUUAUUGUGUCUUUAAAAAUAAUUCUAUACAUAAUAUUUCAUUCAUUUUCUGGUUGCAUAAUCAUCUUUUACCAAUAUUCAGUUUGUAGCUGAAACACCUGUGGCAGCAAAUUCAUUGGCGUUUGUUUUAUGGAGAAGGUCUUUACCAGUUUUGCACCUCUGGAUCCUACAGUUUUUGCCUUUUCUAUUUGCAAAAUUGCUCAAGCUGUCAUGCUAGAGGGGCUCACUUGGUGAGAUAUUGGCCAUAGUUGUAUUUCACUAGGUAGUAUGUGUAUCAGUUUCCUCCCUAACGGCCAGACCAUGAGUAAUUAUAACUCGCCGUUCGGGAAAUAAAGUAAGCGAUUCUCCAAUACGAAUAAACACCUUCCCAGGUAGAUUCUCCCAGUAAAGCAGACAGGUACCCAAACAUCAGCUGAAAUCUAGAUGAAGAGUAUAACAGAACUGAAUUUUAAUGGUUGCCACACUGGAUUUUAUGCAAAUCCCCAUGCAAGGGGAUCUCCCACGUGGACCUUGUGGGGCACAGGGACACAAAUUAUACAGCCAAUAAUAAAACAGGGUAAAACUGUGACACUCCCAAUACAAACAUUUAAUCCCCUCCUCUCUGCCUGGAGAUAAUUAGGUCAAAAUAAUGAUAACUUAAUUAUCUCCAAGCAGAAAAUUCACAAUUUCCCCAAAACGUGAAAUGUACCCCUGAUAGCCCUGAUCUGGGUGACCAACAUAUCCAAAAAUCACCCAGAUCAGUUUAGGGGUUUUCGAAUUCCAUGAAAGUCUUAGGUGACCGGCCACACACGAGGCUCCUGCCCAAAACAGUUCCAUAAGUUUUAGUGGUUUGGCCGGUCUAUUUUGUGAAGUCUGAAAAAACAAAUAAAAGCACAAACUGCUCCCCCUGGCUCAUAGUAGCGAUUGUUCCCCUAGUUCUUGGGGGGACAAAACUACCGAAUUGCACUCUCCUAACUGUUCGGGAAAAGGAAGCAGGUGUUCGUACAGUUUGGACCGGUGUUCAGGAAGUCGAGUGUCCGAUUUUUAGUUUCAGACACUCGACGACCAAGUCCCACUGCCUCCUUUCGUGUGAACAAGGGAGAGUGCUUAAAAGACUGUUCACUUUGAAGUUAAUGAGCCUGGGGGUGGUCGGUGUUCGGUAGUUACAUCUACCGAAUGGAACAAAGUAAAAUAAACAAAAUAACUUGGUGAUUUCUUCACAGUAUGAUCAUAAUGCAUGAUACGGAUUGGCCAGUUGGCACCCCAACUGCUAACAAUUGUGAUUCUGGGAAGCUGUCUAUAUAAAUCUUUCAUUAAUAUCAGGUGAUUGUGUAACACAGUGUACAUUAGUAUAGGGAUUUAGAAGGGCAGUGGAUCAAUAAGCAAGGUUGCUGCCUCAUUUCAUAGCUCACCGGAGUCAGAGGAUUUGUUUAGGUCUAUUAAAGGAAAGUUGUGUUAUCCAGCCAUUGUCAUUUAGAGAUAGAAAGCUUUGUGACCACAGACCUCCUCCUUAAUGCAGGAUGCUUCAGGACAUGCACUCUGAUAAACUCUACAUUGAUACAAAUAUAUCCUUGAAAUGCCCUGCAAGGGAAUUGAUAGAUAAAAUGCAAGGUUUUUCUCUGUGAAAGAGAACAUUGUGACAUCUGUGAGUAUACAUAGGGUUUGAAAUUAAAUAACUUAUAGUAAAGGAUGUUUAGCUACUAUCACAUAUUCAGGGAAAACAAGUAAUUUAUUUUUUCGAUAGCACUCUGUUUUAAAAAAAAAAACAAUUUUCUCUCCUCUUAUCUUAAAGGAUCACUAUAGUGUCAGGAAAACAAAGCGGUAUUCCUGGCACUGUAGUGCCCUGUGGCUGCCCCCACCCUCAGGGUCCCCCUCCCGUGGCGCUGAAGGGGUUAAAACCCCUUCAGUCACUUACCUUAAUCCAGCGCGGGGCUCCGUCGGCGUUGGUGACCUCUCCUCCCCCUCCGACGUCACUGAAGCCGAACGCGCGUGCGCUGCAAGUGCCGCGCGCAUUCAAAGUGUCCAUAGGAAAGCAUUUCUCAAUGCUUUUCUAUGGAUGCUCUGAGAGAUGGAGGCGAAAUUCGGCUCCAGCGUCGCAGAUGCGCCUCUAGUGGCUGUCCGGAAGACAGCCACUAGAGGCUGGAUUAACCCCAAAUGUAAACAUAGCAGUUUCUCUGAAACUGUUAGGUUUACAUGUGAAGGGUUAAAACCUCAGGGACCUGGCACCCAGACCACUUUAUUGAGCUGAAGUGGUCUGGGUGACUAUAGUGUCCCUUUAAUUAAGUUGUUUUGAGGGAAGAACGCUUCCUUACCUUAAAGGGUUAAAGACGCACUCCGGGGACCAUAACAACUUCAUUUAAAUAAAGUUGUUAUGGUGCUAGAAGACCCUGGCACACUCUUACCUCAAUGAGUUAAACUGUUCUCAAAUGGUUUCACCCCAAAAUGAGCAUCCAGUGCCGAUCUCUUCUGCCCCUAGGGGGAACCAUAACAACUUAAUGUAGAACAUGUCACCCACUACCUACAGUGCCAGCUUUGUCCCCAAAAAUCUUGUCUUCUCCAUCUUUGUGCCCAGCGUCCCCAGACAACUGGCCAAGACAUCUUUGUCCCCACACAGCAUCCCAGUGCUAUUUUUAGCCCAAAAUCGCUAAUCAGUGACAUUUUUGUUCCCUGAACAGCUAAUCAAUGACAUUAUCUUUUAGAGGGUACAAGAUGUGUAGACAGGAAAAUAGUGGAAUUUCCCUUUCUUUCCUACCUGGACCUAUGUUCUUCUCUAAUUUUACCAUGUUUUUUUACAAACAAAUAAUAAUAUCGCCGGAAAAUGAUUAUCCUAGUUUAAAUAAUAAACCUUUUUUAAUAAUAUGAUGAUCAGUGAUGGCCAGCAAUAAGAUUUUUGGGAAAUGUUGCCUGUCCAUCAUUGGGGUUCUUCCAAACUCCCUUAGAUGUACCACAAAUAAGAUAGAUAUAUAUAUUAAAAACCAAAACCUCCAGUUAUGUAAAUAUCCAUAAGGAUUUGAGAUAGUGCGCAAGUUAUGCUAUUCUUUGGCUUUUAUUGUAUCGUUGCUGCCGCCCAGUUUGAGCGCCCAGACUUAUUUUUGUAUAAAGAUAUAUAUAUAGUGUCUUGGGAAAAUCAGCCAUGGUGCAAAGUUUAUUCCGGUUACUGAAAAGAUAAUCUCUUGGGAUAUUGACACGGGAUUACUUGCAUUGCUGACCUUUGAUCAUUCCAGGGCUAGAGUGCUCACACUUUAUAUCCAACAGAUCUGUUACCUGGACAGGUAAGGGAGGAAGGAGUGUAUUGUAAGUAAAUGGUAAACUGGAGAACAGACCCUAGCAGAUAAGAAUAUUACUCAUUAGGGUGAUUCACUAAACUGAAAAUGGUCAGAACAUAUCAAGGGAUAUUCAAAGUGUAGGCCAAAAGAUAUCUUAAUUUAUAAUUAUACAAACAUGUAUUUAUAAUUCUAUGGUGUCCCCCUGGGCCCUACCUAUCUAGAUGUCCGACCCUCUCCCCCCUCCCCCAUGCAGGCGUUUAAAAGGUAUUUUUUCACUAACCUUACAUCCUGCGAUCCGUUGCUUUUGUCGCUGACGGUCCGCCUCUUUGAGCAGCAUUGGGAGGCUAGUGCACAUGCGCGGCAAAACAUUGCCCUGUGCCAAUCAAAUGCUCUUAAUGGGUGUCAUUUGAACUAUAACAGAGUUUAACUGGGUUACUGGGGUAAUACCCCUUUCUGACAGCCACCUUUACGCACCUUGGGUCCAACUGUGAAUUAUCCCAACCAUUGCUCACUAUUUUGCAAUUGUUUUUUAUUUUCAUCUCUAUGGUCUGUGAAUCAUUAGCCCCUGCACCAGCUAGUGCAAUUAUUGUUGGGGUAGGCUAGCUGACUCUCCUCUGUCUCCCUCAGUACAGCUAUAAGUCUGUCAGUGAGGCAAGGGAUUUACCAAAAUAUUUCAGUAUACUUUAUUAAAAAAAAAAAAAAUCAAAACGUAAAAAAAAAAUAAAAAAUAUUCCAAUGCUAAAAAAAAUAAUAAAAAAUAAAUAAAUCAUGACAGUUGUCUUAUAAGUUUAGAAAGGGGCUAAUCUGUAGUCGAUGAGUCGAUGUUUACGAAUACAUUAACCACAAGGAUUGAUUUGUUACCAUAAUUAUAAUUUAUACACAUUUUGCUGUUUUUUAUUGUCUUUAUAAUUGUGAAGGGUAUAAUUCUGCAUUAAUAAAUAUAAUAAAUCUAACCAACGCUUCAGAAAUAGUGGGAUUAAUCACAAUAGUUGAUUGUGAAUUAAAGAUUGAAUUUGCAUAAUUUGGGUCAAAAGCAUUUUCUCAUUUAGCAGUAUUUUUAGUUUAAAUUUGCAAAUGCAGUUUAAUUCAACAUUCAGCAUUUACUGAAUAAUUCACCAGGAGUUCUUCUGAAACACUGUGCCCUUAAUAUUUGGAUUUUCAGUAAAGAUAUGUUUGCUUCUUGUGUCCUAUAAAUUUUUAUCAUGCUUUUAGUCUUAAACGCUCAGUUGCUCUGACAUGGAGUCUCUGAAUUAACUCUGCCUAGAGAUGCCAUGAGACGUAUUCAUAAAUAAAGUGAUAUUUAGGUUAGAUUGGUUUGAAUGGAAUGUCAGAUUAUUACAUUAGGUUAUUAAAUUUACUCAAUUCAUCAACCUCACAGCACCCCUGAGACCUCCUGUUGAUUUUAGAGUAGCUUUGGCUCUCAAAGUUAUAUAUGGUGGGUUUUUUUUUUUUAUCAUAUAUGUUUCAGUUUGUUUAUAACUAGGAUUUGUUACUGUAGAUUUUUUGGAAAAGUGACUUGUAUUUCAUAUCUCCUUAGCUCCCCCAAAAAGUACAUUUUCUGUACUUUUUCUUCAACCACUAGAUAACUGAUGCAAAAUAUCAUAUAUACGGCCUAAAGUAUGUGGACACCCCUACUAAUGAUUGAGUUCAGAUAUCUUAUUGCUAACAGGGGUAUUAUAUUCAGAACAUAACCAAUAAAUCAACAUAAACAAAUAUGGGCCAUAGUGAAGAGCUCAGCGACUUUAAACAUAGCACUGUCAUUAGAUGCCGCCAUGGAUGCCUCAGAUUAGUCUGUGAAAUUUCUGCCCUACUAAAUCUGCCUUGGUCAACUGUAAGCACUAUUAUUGGGAAGUGGAAGCAUCAAGGAGUAGCAACAGCCCCGCCACGUGCUGGUAGACCACACAUACUUAUAGAACGCGGCCACUGACUGCCUUUUUGUCAUUUCUUCUGGUAUUGGAAGCUUAGUAGGUUUGGACCCGGUUUUAGUACUUCAAUGGGAGACCACCUGGGAAUACCAAGUAAAGCAGCUUUAGAUUGUAAGCUCAUUCACACAGGGUCCUCAUCAACCUAUAGUCAACGGAGCAAUAGUUUGCUCUCUUUGUUGAUAAAUUUCCCUCUUUAUAAUAUUGUAAAGCUCUGCUGAGUAAGUUGGAGCUAUAUAAAUAAUAAUAAUAGUGUGUUUUUUCACAGCACUGAAUAAAUAAAGGUGAGUUGGAUAAUAUUCUAAUCGAAUUUUAAAGUUCAGAUUUCACUGGAAAUCACUAUAGUUGUUAAACCGCAGUGGAAUUCCUUGCAGGUUCUACAAUGCCUUGUAUGGCAUUGAUACCCAAUUGCAUACAUCCAGCCAAUCUUUUUUUUGUUUAAGGACCUAGAUUUCCAGAGGAAAAAAUGGAAUUAAAAUAAAUAAUAUAUUAAUAUAUAUAUAUUAGUAUAUAUAAAAUACUUUGUAAUACUACAAACUGCAGGGCAGUGGAUUUCAUGUGCUGCCCAUCAAGAAGUAACAUGUCUCUACCGAUACCUAAAUCCCUGUACUGUGUUCAGCUUCUGGUAUCAAAGCUCUGUAGAUAAAGACAUAAAGUGUUUUUCACUAAGUGUGAAUUGUCAGGAAUCUUAACUGAAUUUAGAAUUUAGGCCAAAAUAGCAUAAUUGUAAAAUUCCCAUUGUUUCUAGUUUCUCUAUACUGAGCCAAGAUUUGAAAUUCACUUUGAAUUCCUUGCAAUACACACUUUACUGAAUAACCCUGUUAGAGUGCAGGCAUUCACGGUCAGUACAAACCAGGCCACUCCUAGUGACAAUACCCUCCUUUUAGCCAUGAAAUUAUUGCACAAUUUCUGACACAUAUCCAGAAACACAGCCAAGCGAAAUUCAGACUAUACCCAUGGUAUUUGCUGGUUCUUUUAUACUUUUAUAUCGAAACCUAUUGGGCUCCCUUCUACGUCAAUAACACCUGAACGUCUUGUACAUGCCCACAGUGCAAUGUGAAACUGUUGAUAACCACUCUAAAGUACUCGGUGUAAUUCCAGUGGUAUUCACGGAGCAGGAAUGAAAUACCAGAACCAACGAAUAAGUGUGUGCUAGUCCAUACCUAGCUCUAUAGCAUUCAAUAGAGACAGAGUUAUGUAGAUAGUAAGGAGUGGUAUCGAGGUCUGAGAGGGAUCAUUAUGUUACAUGUUGUGGAAUGCGAUUUGCACGCAUAGCACCUGACUGUCCCAGUCUUCAUUCUUUCAAAAAUUACUAAAAACUCACUUCUUCAGGAAGGCAUGCCAACUCAACUGUGAAUAUACUUCUCUACACUAACUUGAAAAUAAGUUUUGCCGCUAUAGAGUGCAAAUAUUAAUAAUAGCAGCUAUAGCACUUGGGUUUAAAAACCUUUCCACAUACACCAAAAAGAACAAAAUAAGAACAAGAAACAGUGUAGCACUAGUGAAAUAAUAUUAAAAAUAAACUUAUACCAAACGAAUAGAUAUCAAAUGAAACAUCCACAUAUCCUAGAAUUAUAAAUAACAUAACAUAGUGUAAUAAGUUUUAAAAUAAGUGAGUCUAUAUAAAAUUAGUAGCACUCACAAGCGUAGAGCUAUUAGACUUAGCUCAAGCGUAAAAAAGUAUUCAGGUCCGUAAAGGCGACCCACCCCUGGUCUUCCAACCUUGGUCCACCAAUCCUAUCAUGGAAAAAUAACACGAGGACAUAAAGUAGCAGAGUACUAAACUGGAUAAAAAUGGAUGCAAGUCAAUUAAAUACUCACAAGCCUGAAGCCUUUUAUGUGGCUCGGUAAAUGCACGAUGUGAGGUGAGAGCAGCCGCCGCGAUAUACACAAUAAUUGUAUGAGUUGGACCACGGCGCACUCCAUAAUUAAUUGGAAAACACUUAUGACCAGAAGGACCAUUGGAACUCUUUUACCCUCCCGAGGAAGCCACGUGAAGUGGUGAAAUGCGUUCUGGAACUUUUUUUGAGAUUUUCAGAUAUUCUACUUUUGUUUGUUUUUUAUAUAUAUAUAUAUUUGUUUCAUAAUAAUCAUUUUAUAUUGCAUUCGUUCCUUCUGGCAUCUGAUACUUUGAAGCAAGGAAGUGUAUUCCUUAACUACACAUCGUGCAUUUACCGAGCCACAUAAGAGGCUCCAGGCUUGUGAGUAUUUAAUUGACUUUCAUUAAAUUUUAUCCAGUAUAGUACUGUGCUACUCUAUGUCCUCGUGUUAUUUACUUCCAUGAUAGGAUUGGUGGACCAAGGUUGGAAGACCAGGGGUGGGUCGCCUUUACGGACCCGAAUACCUUUUUACGCUUGAGCGAAGUCUAAUAGCUCUACGCUUGUAAUUGCUUCUAAUUUUAUAUAGACUCACUUAUUUUAAAACUUAUUACACCAUGUUAUGUUAUUUAUAAUUCUAGGAUAUGUGGAUGUUUCAUUUGAUAUCUAUCCAUUUGGUGUAAGUAUAUUUUUUAUAUUAUUUCACUAGCGCUACACUUUUUCUUGUUCUUAUACUUCUCUACACACCUCACUAACUCGCUUCACUCCUUCUCCUUCAAAUGCAUCAUUUAACAAUUAAUGUAAGCUCUCCUAGAAACUAAAAUUUUCUAUGUAUAAAAUACAUUUUACCUUAACCUCUUCUUCCCUUAGAAUAUAAGCUCGUUGGAGCAAGGCCCUUUCCACAUUACUUCACGUAUGUCUUUUUUCUUAGUCCACCAAACGAUCAUAAUAAUGGACACAGAAUCAUGCACAUAUUUAUGUAGUGAGCGUUUGAAACAUGUUUCUGGCACUCAAAGGGUUAAUAUCCAUUCUGAUUCCCUGUGCUAUCUAUGCAUUCAUUUUAAUCAAUGGUUCAAAAUCCAGUUCUCUAUCAAUAUUCCUAUGGAAACAGGUUUGUGAAUUGCGAUAGUGAAUAGUGAUAAGAAUAAAACAGGAAUUCACUUGGUGACUAUUGUCCUAUUAAUACAGUGCUGACACUUUUACAAAAUAUACUGAGUGCUGACCAAAGCAGGUUUCAUACAAAGUGACUGUUUGUCCCAUUAAUCUUAGAAUUACAUUUGGUGCCUGGAGCAUUGGAAGGUGUGAUGGUAAAAGACAUGACUAAGGAACUACAGCAGAAUAGGCAAACUUAGGCACUCCACAUGCUGUGAACUACAUCUGCCUUGAUGCUUUGCUGGCAUUAUGGCUGUAAGAGGAUUAUGGGGGAUGUAGUGCAGAAGGCAGCCUACCCCUGACUAGAUUAUCAUGCUUACUGUGUAGGAAAGCAUCUUUCGUUCAACGGCCAAAUAACCUUUCAUUGUGCACGCCCUCUUUUCAUGCAACAGGGUCACAGUUACGAUGUUUACUAAUUGGCCUACCCUCCUUCUGUCACUCUUAUCCAUUUGGUACUACCUUACUGCAUUUAAUGGGGGAUAACGGAUUUCCUCUAAAUAAUACGAGAGUAGCACUGUCAAAGAAUUACCAAAUGCAGAGAUUUCCUCUGCGUAAAACAAAAUAACCAGGUAGACCUGUCAAUAUGUUGUUCCUGUACAAUGAUCCGAAUAGGAUCAAAUUCUGUUUGGACGUAAUGGGUGAUGAAGUUCAGUAGCUGCUGUGAGCUACCCUCUGUUCUAACGGUUACAAAGAGACAAAUGCAAACUUCCCAAACUAACUGAAUCUCCAAUAAUGCAUUAAACUAAUUAGAGUGUGAGCUCUGUGGAACAGAGACCACCUCAUUCUAGUGUGUUUUUGUUACUGCACUUUGUUAAAGUCUAGUUUAUGUGCAUAUAAUUUCAGUUUGAGCUGCUACACUUUAAAAAAAUCACACUGUGAUUUAGGCAUUGAAAGAAGCAUAAAGAACAAUUUUGCUCUCAUGUGUUGAUGUGCAUAUUUUGUGUGACCUUGCAUUAGUGGAUUUAUCUGUACGCCCGUGGCACAGAUUUUAUGUAUGUCCCACACAGCUAGAGGACUGUUUCCAGUUUGGCCAGUACAGUAACAAAUCUUACGAUGAUGUUGCAUUUCCAGGGUGAGCAAGUUCAGGUUGGCAAGGAAGAGGUAUCCACAGGGCUUUGUUUGUGCCUGUGGACUGUGGAGAAGGAGGGGAGAAAGCAACGACGUACACAGGGCACAGCGAUUUCUCUUCAGUCCCACGUUGCCCUUUUCUCCGUUUGCCCCGCUUCCUGACAGCAGUGACGUCUCUGAAAAGCUCCUUUGUGGGCUGGCUGGGAUGCUUGAUGGUAUGUUGCUUCUGAACUCUGCGCUGGCAAAUUCUCACCCUGUUAAGUCAUUUGGAGAAUGGAAAAUGGCUAUUGUUUUGGGCUUGGCAACGAGUCCAAGGACCAUUCCACUUUGAGAUUUUUACACUUUUAGAUACUUAAAGGUGUAGCCUCCCUAAUUAAUACCACUCAUCCAUCGAGCCCCCCCUUUGCAGUUAUAAAUGUCCCCCUUCCAGUUAUAAAAUCUUCUCUAUUUCCUAAGUCUGACUUUCUUUGCUCUUUUUCUUUGCUCUGGAAAGCAGGAGGUCAGCGUCCUCAUCCUUGCUCGUCCAGUUUGUGGGAGGCUGGGUGGGGAGAUGAUGUGUGAAACAUAGCUUGGAACCCAGAGGACAAAACCUGCAGAGAGCUCUGAAAGUCACACGUAACAAAGACCAUUGUUGUGCUACAGAUUAACUGGGAACUCUGAAAAAUCAACAUCCAUCAACAUUCCGCCCGUCCCCUCUUUCUGCAUUGAAUCUCAUGGAUUCAAGAUAUGUUAUGGGCAGAGUAGGAGGAGUUGCUGAUACUUUACAGUGCGGCAAUAAAACAUAACAGGGCUUAUUCAGCAGCCCGCAGCUGCACCAUGCACAGUAACCCACUCAAUCGCUCUAAAAAUUGUACAAAAUAUGUAGACACAAUCCACAUAAUGGGCAAGCAGAAAUAAAAAAAAAACAAGCGCAGUUGCUGUUGGUUUCAUACACAGGGAAUGGAAACAUUUGAUUUUGGACAGACAAUACAAGUUACAUACGUUUAUACUGUGUUUCCUGAUGGAGAAAAAUACAAUGCAGUCUCAAAGUAUUUAGACAUUAGCACUGUCGUUAUUCUUUUGGUACGUUGCUCCCAACACUUUGCAAUUAAAAAAAAUAAUAACUGACAGUGAAUUAGAGGGCAUUUUCAUCCAUAUACAUUGAACAGUGAAUCAAUUCACUGGUGACGUGUACAACACUAAAAAGGACAUGUUGUCCUGUGCGCAUGUGCAUCUGGAUGACAGCUACUAGGGUGCUCAUGUGUGGUAUGAAGUACUUUGGAAUUCCUGUACAGUGGAAUGGUGAGUGUGUUUAAACUUGUGUUAGCUAAUAGCUAGUUAGCUGCACUUUUCUCUGGUGUCCCUAGAAGUGGAACACCAAAGAAAUAAAAUACCAAAGAUAAUAAAAUACAAAAAUCCUGGACCAUGCUUUUGUAAAACAUCUUCUUAACAUUCUUGAAGAAAAAAAUGGAAUGGUGGACUGUGCCUAUAAAUUAUUGGCAAUCUAACCACUACUCUGAGCUGUUGGAGAUAUGUCAAAUCUGGACAUAUUAGAGCAUGUAGGUUAAGUAAUUCAGGUAGGUUACUAUAUCAUGAUCUUUAAUAUGCAGCAAGUUACUCAGGUACUUGAUGUACUCAUUUAGUGGCGUGCUUUAAUACUUGUGUAAGCCAUGCUAUUAUCUCCAAAACAAAACAUCUGGUUGUAAGUUAAACCUACAUCCAGUGUUCCCCGUGAAAAAGUCCUUCAGUUUCUUCAUUUUCCAUGCGUUCCUCUUUCCUUCACUGAUCGGUUUCUUCUGUCCAUUAUUUGCGUAUCACAUCCCAUUUCAGCACCAUAUUUCUUCCCUGCAUGAAACAGGAUGUAUCAGUUAGUCAUUCCUGCCCUCUCCUUCUUUCAACAUGAAUACUAUAUCAGCAAAAUUAUAUCUAUAGUUUUACCAUCUCUGUUGCAGGGCUACUGGUAUUAGUUGCUAUUGUAGUUUGCAUUGUGAGGGGGGAGGCUGCCGUGGAUAGGAGAUGCUCCGUAGAAAGAGUUUCAGGAAGACACAGUGAAAGGAAGGGAAGUUACCCUGUCAGUGUGUUGACAGCCGGAUGAAAGUCCUCGGCAUCUUCACUACUAACAAAUGACUCUGUUUCCUGUGUUGACGAGUUGGCAUCAAAAGGCCAACAGCCAAUCAACACGAAUAGCUCGAUAACCUUACUGUUAUUUUAAAAAAGAAGAACAAGAGAUUUUUAGUGCCAACAUUUGCAUCAACAAAAGCCAUCACUGGAGAAGGAGCCAAAAUGUCAGCGGAACACACAGGAUGUUUUUGCUAAUAGGAAAACUAUAGCUAAAACAUGAGUUUUAGCACUGAGGCUAGUGAUGUUGUGGAGACAGGCUCAGACACUGAGGCUAGUGGUGUUGUGGAGACAGGCUCAGACACUGAGGCUAGUGGUGUUGUGGAGACAGGCUCAGACACUAAGGUGUUAUGGAAACAGGCUCAGGUACUGAGGGUAGUGGUGUUGUGGAGACAGGCUUGGAGACUAUGGUGAGGCCUAAUAGAAAGCAGUUGUUGUUGGGGCAUUCCAUCAUAAGAGGUGUGGAAAUGGACAAUGGUGGUCUUGUGAGGUGUCUUCCCGGAGCUACUGCUCACAGAGACAGGAGAUGUAUCUGAAAUAUUGUUAAGCGAACAAAGCAGGAAGGGGAAUUGGAUAUACUUGUCCAUCUAGGGACAAAUGACUUGGCUUGCAAUGAGGUUUCAGAGGUUAAGGAAAUGUUUAGUGUUUUUGCCAAUGAUAUACAGCAGGUUGCUUCCACACUGUCAUUCUCUGAAGUUCUGCCAGUGCAUAACACUCAGAACGACAGGUGGAUGCGUAUUAGGGACUUUAACUUGUGGCUUGGUGAAUGGUGUCGGGAGCAAGGAUUUGGCUUUAUUUCUCAUGGUUGCUCUGUUUGGAAUGGAAAUAAACGGUACAAAAAAGAUGGUUUGCAUCUUUCUCAAAAGGGAACAAAUGUUCUCAGUGAGCAGUUCAGAGGUUUUGAUGUAUUUAAACUAGGAGGGGGGGCAAAAGGGUGAUAAAACAUCAAUCCAAUUGUCCCCCAAAACAAGGACAGAAGGUGCCUGUAGCAAGUGUAUUAAAAAAAUGAUAAGCUUAGAGUCAUGUCUACAAAUGCUCGCAGUUUAGGGAAUAAGAUCCAUGAACUUGUGGCAAUAAUGGAAACUGAUAGCGUAGAUUUAGUCGCUGUUACUGAGACAUGGCAUAAUGAGAAAAAUGACUGGGACAUAGCAAUACCAGGGUACUCUUUAUAUAGAAAAGACAGGGAGAGCAAGAAAGGGGGAGGGGUGGCCCUGUAUGUGAAGGAUAACAUAAAAUCAAGCAUAAUACAAGUUAGUGAGGCGAACAUAGAGUCUGUUUGGGUUACGUUAGAAUUUGGUAAUCACAAAGUAACUCAUGCAGGUGUGAUUUAGAGGCCCCCAGGACAAAUUGAAGAGUUAGAUAAUCUACUAGUUGAGGAAAUAGCUAAAAUGACAAUGAAGGAGGAAGUUAUCAUCAUGGGUGACUUUAAUCUUCCUGAUGUGAAUUGGAAAACAAAAAUAGCUGCUUGUGCCAGGAGCACACAUAUUCUAAACUCCCUACUGGGAUUGUCUCUAAAACAAGUUGUUUAGGAUCCAGUGAUCAUCAGUCAGUGUGGUUUAAUAUAAGAACAGUGACUGAGUCACACCACACAAAAGCUAAAGUUUUAGACUUUAGAAAAACAGAUUUUUCUAAAAUUAGAAUAUGUGUAAAGGAGACAUUAUCAGACUGCAGCAAUUUAAAUGGAGUCCAAGAGAAAUUGGAUUAUUUAAAAGUUGCACUACUGAAGGCAACAGAAAAUUGCAUUAGGCUUUUCAGUAAAAGCAAAAAAUUCAAGAAACCACUGUGGUACUCCGCAGAUGUGGCCAAAAUAGUAAAAAACAAAAAAAGUUAGCAUUUAGUAAUUAUAAAAAAAAAAACCAGAGUGAGGAAGACAGAAUGAUCUAUAAGAUUAGGCAGAAAGAGGCUAAGCAAGUUAUAAGAGCUUCCAAAUCACACACACAAGAGAAAAUAGCACAGUCAGUAAAAAAGGGGGACAAAACUUUUUUUAGAUACGUAAAUGAGAAAAGAAAAGUAAAACAAGGAUUAGUUAAAUUAAAAACAAAAGAAGGAAGGUAUAUAGAAGAGGAUAAAGGUCUAGCUGACUGCCUCAAUGAAUAUUUUUGUUCGGUAUUUACAAAUGAAAAUGAAGGAAAGGGACCUCAGUUAAGAAAAAGGAUAAAUGAGUCAUUUAUUACACGUGAGUUUACAGAGGAAGAGGUUCUAUUUCAACUGUCAAAAGUAAAGACAAAUAAGUCAAUGGGACCUGAUGGAAUACACCCAAAGCUGUUAAAAGAGCUUAAUGGUGUACUAGCAAAACCAUUAACAGAUUUAUUUAACCAAUCAUUGUUAACAGGAGUAGUCCGAGAAGAUUGGAAGUUAGCAAAUGUUGUGCCCAUUCACAAGAAAGGUAAUAGAAAGUCGUGCAACCAUAGGCCAGUAAGCCUUACUUCAGUAGUAGGGAACGUGAUGGAAACCAUGUUAAAGGAUAGGAUUGUUGAACAUCUAAAAACACAUGGAUUUCAAGAUCAGCGAUAACAUGGGUUUACUUCAGGGAGAUCAAACUAAUCCUAUUGAUUUUUUUGAUUGGGUAACUAAAAUUAUAGAUCAGGGUGGUGCAGUAGACAUUACCUAGAUUUCAGUAAGGCUUUUGACAAUGUUGCACAUAGAAGGCUUAUCAAUAAACUGCAAUCUUUAAGUUUGGAUUCCAAUAUUGUUGAAUGGGUAAGGCAGUGGCUGAGUGACAGGCAACAGAGGGUUGUAGUUAAUGGAGUAUAUUCGAAGCUUGGGCUUGUCACCAGUGGGGUACCUCAGGGAUCUGUACUUGGACCCAUUCUCUUUAAUAUUUUUAUUAAUGAUAUUGCAGAAGGUCUUGAUGGUAAGGUAUGUCUUUUUGCUGAUGAUACUAAGAUAUGUAACAGGGUUGAUGUUCCAGGAGGGAUAAGCCAAAUGGCAAAUGAUUUAGGUAAACUAGAAAAAUGGUCAGAGUUGUGGCAACUGACAUUUAAUGUGGAUAAGUGCAAGAUAAUGCAUCUUGGACGUAAAAACCCAAGGGCAGAGUACAGAAUAUUUGGUAGAGUCCUAACCUCAACAUCUGAGGAAAGGGAUUUAGGGGUGAUUAUUUCUGAUGACUUAAAGGUAGGCAGACAAUGUAAUAGAGCAGCAGGAAAUGCUAGCAGAAUGCUUGGUUGUAUAGGGAGAGGUAUUAGCAGUAGAAAGAGGGAAGUGCUCAUGCCAUUGUACAGAACACUGGUGAGACCUCACUUGGAGUAUUGUACACAGUACUGGAGACCGUAUCUCCAGAAGGAUAUUGAUACCUUAGAGAGGGUUCAGAGAAAGGCUACUAAACGGGUUCAUGGAUUGCAGGACAAGAGUUACAAGGAAAGCUGAAAUGAUCUUAACAUGUAUAGCUUGGAGGAAAGACGGGGGAUAUGAUAGAAACAUUUAAAUACAUAAAGGGAAUCAACACAGUAAAGGAGGAGACUAUAUUUAAAAGAAGAAAAACUACCACAACAAGAGGACAUAGUCUUAAAUUAGAGGGACAAAGAUUUAAAAAUAAUAUCAGGAAGUAUUACUUUACUGAGAGGGUAGUGGAUGCAUGGAAUAGCCUUCCAGCUGAAGUGGUAGAGGUUAACACAGUAAAGGAGUUUAAGCAUGCGUGGGAUAGGCAUAAGGCUAUCCUAACUAUAAGAUAAGGCCAGGGACUAAUGAAAGUAUUUAGAAAAUUGGGCAGACCAGAUGGGCCGAAUGGUUCUUAUCUGCCCUCGCAUUCUAUGUUUCUAUGUUUCUAUGAGUUGUGUCAGGUUUUAAUCCAUGAUGAAUAUUAUUUUUGCAAUUUUCAAACCAUGAUACAUUUUUUAUUUUUUUUUAGCAUUAUUAUUUUAUUUAUUUAUUUAUUUUUCAGACUGGAUCAAGUAAUUUUUUGCACUUGUUUUAAAAUGCUUGCUGCCAUGUUUGUACUUCAAACCUCAAAAUAUAGCUGCUCCUUAACUACUAAAUUAGGGAAGUAAUUUAAAUGGAUGCAUCAGACACCUGAGCAACUCUUAGCAUAUAAAUUGUCAUGGUACACAUUCCAUGUAAUGUGUGUAUGUGGCUCUGUAUUGGUGACUGUGGCUGGUUGGGUUUGUGAAUGUGGGUUUUUGCGUGGUGGUAGGUGAUUAAGUGGCUUGAUAGCUGUAGUUUACUGUGUAACAAGACUGGGUGACCGUGGAAGUGACUUAAAAAAUUACAUUUAGCAGUGGACUGUUGGGUGCAUGCAAGUGACUGGCUGGGUGGGUGUAUAUGGUUAGGUCAGGUGGCUGGAGGGUGAAGGUGACUCGGUAAUUAUAAAUCUUGAACUGGUUGUGUAAUUAUAUGUCACUUGCUUGUAGUUAUGUAACAGGAUGCAAGGCUGAGGUGUCACGGUGUCCGAUCAGCACCUCAGUGUGACCAUGCCUGAUCAGAGGGGAUCACGCUUUCACCUUGCCCGAUCGGCACCGCGAUGUGAUCGCAUCUGAUCGGUGCGGUCACACUAAAGGAGGGAGAGGUUACUCACCUUGCCUCCAGCGCCUCUCCCUCCGUACAGCUCCUAUGACAGCAGCCGGGUCCAGCGUUAGGAAGGCCAUUGGCCGCUGCAAGGUGGCGCUAUAUGAUAGUGCCGCCAACUAUGACGUCUCUAGUGACAAGAUUGUGCAUGCAACGUCACGUUUUCAUCAUGCAAGCACAUUUUGGGGUCAUGGGACCCAAUUUAGCAAAUAGUAGGGUUUACAGGGUUAUUUAAGCCCAAACCUGCAGCUGUUCAGUGCCCUGUCGUGGUUUCCAUCCUGUUGGUUAUCCGAGAGUGCUUUCCUGUUUACUGUUAUUUGGUCAUUGAUCUUGGCUUGGCUUGACUUUCCGUAUUUCUGGUUCCCUUACCCUUUGGCUUUGUUCUGACCAUAUAUGUCCCUUUCUGUAUUCCUGACCGUAGCCAGGUACUGGUUAUUCUGAUAUGUUAAAUCCGUCCAUUCUAAGGCCCCAUUGUAAGGUAAUAUGUUGUUUCUGUUUGUUAUUUGUCCGUGUUUGACUUAGUUUUGCAUGUUGGGCCACUGUUUCGUUCUUACAUGGGGUAAUCUAACAGAGUGAAGUUGUAUAAUAAGUUGAAGGUAUGUGAGAGGAUGGGUGACAGAGUAAGUAGGGCUGGGUACGAGUAGGUAACAGGGUGGGUGACAGGGUUAAUGUAUUGGUGUAUGUGAUGGCCAGUAUCCAUGGCUGCUAUUAAUUUUUACUGUCCGUCUGCUGUAAACGGGCUAGUUUUGCAGAGUGAAGUUUCAGGCCACGGUGACUGGUGAGGUGCUUGGGUGCAGUGUCACCCCUGCAUGUUGCUUGCAUCUUACAACAGGAUUACCCUUUUUCUAACUCCUGAUAUGUAUGUAUGUAUGUAUGUAUGUAUAUAUCUUUACUGGCUCUCAAACAAGGUCAGCAGGAGGCUAAUAGCAGUAAACUACUACCCCCCAUUCAUAUUUGUUUAAGAAGGUAACUCCAUUGUUCUCCAAAUGCUUGUGUUGAGAGUGUCAAGUAGUACUAUGUUAACUACUUUAGUACCAGAGGGGUCACAUUCCCAUGUUGGCCUAUUUGCUAUUCGUAACCUGUUACAAAGCUUAUGAGAAAUUACAUACAUAUCACAGUGAUGGAGACUGCCAAACCUAGUGUGGGAAUUUAGGUAUUUCUCACUGGUGUUUGUGUUGCCAUUUUAGGCAAACACAUUAAAAACAUUAAUAAAAUAUAUUUUUGAUUAGGGCUUGACAAAUUUGCUUGGAAUCUAGGAGCCAGCUAAAAAAGUUAGAAGUAAGGUUUUUCAAUGCCAAAAAAUCUUAAAGGGACAAUAUAGUGACCAGAACUAAAGUCUAUAGCCUGUUCCUGCAUGCUUUUCAAUCUAAACACUGCCUUUUCAGACAAAAGGCAGUGUUUACAUUGCUGCCUAGUAACACCUAUAGUGGCAGUCACUCAGACGACCUGUAGUGGCAAUUCCAAGUCCAGUGCUGCACAGUGUGCAGCACUGAUGUUCAGUGCUUAAUGCUCCCCAUAGAGAUGCAUGUAUUCAAUGUAUCUCUAUGAGGAAAUGUUGAUUGGUGAAGAGUGGCGUUUUGCCCUUAUAACACUUCAGCUCUGGAGUAUCUCUUUAAUUUAGUACACUAGUGAUCAGACCUCACAGCCAUCAACAAGCCAGGAUUUAAUGGCCAUUCAUUUCUGUUCAAGACAUAACAAUAAAAAAUCCUGAGAGGCUUUCUUAGGAAACUCACUAAUUGAACAGAGGCCACAAUUCUCCCAAUACUCUCUACCUUUCUGUAUCUCAUUUCCCCCAAUCUCCUCUUUUUUUAUCUUAUUAUUAAUUUUUCUUCCACCAUUUUUGAAUUGGGCACUACAAUAACUCGGACAUCAUUGCAUAUAACUUAACAAAAUAUUGAAAAGAAAAAUGGUUUGCAUAAUUUAGUGUCAGUGGCUUUGGCCCAUUGUCCAAUCUUGAAUGCAGUAUGUAUUGUCAGAUAACCCAUUAAAUAAUCAGUUGUCAUAGACCUUGAAAGCCUUUUUUAGAAUAUAAUUUACUGUAAAGGGAUGCUCUAAGCACCAAAACUAGCUUAAUGUAGUGGUUCUGGUGCAAAGAGGUGCUAAAAUUCUAACAUAAUAAUUUAAUAUUAUAAUAUAUAAUAAAAUAAUAUAUAUACUUUUUAUUAUAAGACUAAACAAACGUUCUGGAGAAGCCCUUCUCUAAGCCUCUUACCUCUGUCGGAGAAGUUUAAUUGCAUCAAAGAAGGCAGGACUGCUACUGUAAACCAAUUAUUGCAGGUAGUUGUAUAGGGCCUAAUGAAUGUAAUGAGCUUGUUCAAUUCAGGAAGCACACAGAAUAAAUUGCAACCAAAUUGGGGCCGAAACCCAGAGGUUAAGAACCAUUUUAUUAAAGUGAGUGCAUAAUGAUGAAUGUAGGUAGUGUUCUUCCAUGGAGCAUAAUACGAUAAUAGCAAGAGUUCAAUGAAUUAUGAUUUGUUUUUGUAAUUUUUUUUUAAAAGUACAAAAUUACAUUGAAGUUUUAAGCAUAGUUGUAUAUACGUUAUACUGCAUUCAUCUAUUCCAUUGUAUGUCUUUAACUGGGUCCCCACUGUUCUGAUGCCCCCUGGUGGUCCAGUGAUGCUCUUCUGGCUUCUGCAGAGCAGCGGUCACAAGUCAUUGGCUAAGAGAGUCAACUGACUGCUCUUGUCAAAUACUUGCAUUAUGUGCAACAAAAGUUCCAGGCUGGCUGAUGAUACCCCUACAAUGCGGCUGGAAGACAAGUUAGACCUGCAGCAGCAGAGGGGUUAAUCUCUGCAUGUGCAGAGACUCCAGGCACCAUGACCAUUUCAAAUCAGUGGCCAUUGUGCUUGGAGUAACCCUUUAGGCUUUCAUGUGCUCUAAGCAGAAACCUAUAUCUCUCAUUUAAAUCCGUGAUUUAGUUUUGAUUAUUGUUCACCAGUUUUGUACACUGUUGAGAUCUAUGGUCAUGAUCUGAAUUACCGCUAACCUCACAUUACCUUUUACUGAUAUAAUUUAUUUGUUUAGAAGCUUCAAAUAUUUGAACAAAAGUUCAUAUGCUACCAUAUAUAGCUUGCUGUUUCAGGAAAUUAUGAAAUCAUUUUUACGGAAAGUUAAGAGGGCUUAUAAUUUAUCCAGUAGUAAUGCCAUAAACCACAAUCCCCAUGUGAAUUGCAUCCACAACAGGAAGACAAUAGCUGCUGCUUUACCUAUAAUUUAGACAGUGCGGUUAUUUAUUUACACAGCACUGCAACUAUGUCCAUGAACAAGUAUGACUGCAAAGUGAUGUAACAAAAAUCUUUCUGAUUGACCCCUCUUCCACCUACUAAUCUCCAGUGACUUCUCCAGAGAAGGCAUGAGAAAAAAAACAAGACAUUAAAGGGACUCUCCAGACCCCUAAAGCACUUUAGCUUGAUGAAAAGCAUUAUGUGUGAAGAGUGUGUCCUUGUUUUUUCAUUUUGGAAGAAGUGCAGAUUUCAAACGAAAUUGACACUUUUUAAAAUUAUACUUGUUCCCCCCAACCUCCCCCCACUUUCCAAGCAGGUCCUGUUGCUUCCUGAACUCAGAACUCAAUCGAUCAAAGUACCUGCCUUGCAAAGACCUCUCAUUGAGCUGCAUUGGGAAGUCUGUGAUUGGACAGCCACAGAAAGUCUGGGCGGGGUUAGAAGAGGAGGUCUUGCAAAGGCAGCAGACAAGCGAAAUUCAGAUUUUGCAAGCUGUUUUUACAUAUACCCCAAUGAAAAAAUACAUAAUUAAAUGUAUGCAAGUUUGCAUUUGGGGUAUAUCUACUAAACAAUGAUUUUUAUUAAUUUUGGUGUGGAGUGUUUUUUUUUUUUUUAAUUCUUUAUUUUUGUGUGCAAAAGAUUACAGGCGAGAUUUUAUUGCCACAACAGCAUAAACAAUCAACACAUUGUUUUGUAGUUUGAGACAGUAAUAUGGCAAUUGUAGGUACUGCACAUUUUAAAAAUAUGAUAAGAGAGAACUAUUGCGUAGACAUAUGGUGAGAGUAUUAAGUGGAUCAGCAUGCAAGCUAACAUGUCUGCAGCUAAAGAGAAGUUAAAACAGUAAUGGUAGCAUACUUUAAAUUGUUAACAGGCUUAUCUCAACAGGAGAAUAAUGGCAUGCUGCCCCUAGGAGGCUACAAGCUGGUUGCUUGGUUAGAUAGGGAGUAAGUGUGUAGGUGUAAGUGCCUAGUAGGUGAGUGGAUGUCUGCCAGAAAAUAGCUACUGGUGCUUGGGCUAUAUUUGUGAGAGGCAGCCAGAGUGAUGAGGAAUAAGUCUACUGUCACCCGAUGCCAAUAGUUGGUAGAUCAGAGUGCAUGAGUAUGUAGGGACACUUCAGGCUCUGGGACCCAGGUGAGAGUCGGCAGGUUUGAUCAGAGACUGGGAGAAGGGCUCUCCACGACACCAUCGGCUUGUUGCUAGGUUCAGGCGACCUCCGUGCUGCUUUUAGUGCAGGUGAGUUCCGCCGCUUGCGUCUCCGCCAUUUUGGGGCCCUCACUGCCAGUACUAUUGUGGAUACCCGGUGGAGCUUUGAUGCCCGGGGAGUGUGGAGGACCCUGCGGGUACGGUGGUGUCUGGCAAGGUAUUUUGUCCUCCAACGGCCGCCAAAAUUUGUCAAAGUGUUCCUUGAGCCUGGACUCAAAGUCCGAGAGUAGGUUGAUGAUGCUAGGGGGACACGUGGUCUCCGCCAUUUUGUGUGGACCGCGGAGGUGUUUGUCCGCAUGGAUGGCUUCCACUUGUGUGUCAGCUGGAGCUGUGUUGCCUCCCAGGGCAGGACCACCCUGAUGGUCCAAAGGUGGGGGGAACGGGGUUCCUAUAGACAAGCAGCUUCCCGUGCGCACCCCCGGACCAGGAGAUAUGACUUAGAAGCACCAUUUAGAUGUUAAGUGGUAAUUGGUGAGAAUUUGGGGUGAUCAACAGGAUGGACUUCAAGGAGCAGAUGUUAUGAAGAUACAAAUUUUAUUGACUGAGAGAGAAAUAUAUAGUGCUUGCAGGGCUUAGCAGUUCAUGUCCUACGCUACUUGAUAGGCCUAAAAGAUACUCACAAAUGCAAGUCUGGAGGGUUCAUAGCACACUUAUAAGGGUGAAUUUCUACUUGAGCCCUGGUAUGUGCACCAUUGCUUUUAUUAAAGAGAAAUUGUCAUCUCAGCAAACAUUACCGAUGCUUUUGUUAAAUGGAAGAAUAGAAGGGGGUAUAUGAAAUCAAUUUACCCCUACCAACUGAGAUUUACUGAUAUAGUUUGUUUGGUUUUUUUUGUGUGCAUGUUUAAAAGGACACUAUAGCCACCUGAACAACUGUAUUUUAAUGAAGCAGUUUGUUUUAUAGAUCAUGCCUUUGCAGUCUCACUUUUCAAUUAUCUGUAAUUUAUGAGUUAAAUCACCGUGACUAUGGCUUAUAAAUACCCAUGAAUACCCUGGGCUGUCUACUUUUUCAAAUGGUAUGUCAUGGUGGGGUUUAUUUUAAUUUCUGGGCUGCCAUACCGUCUCAAAGGUAACAUAGCCAAUCUGCCAAAUAGCAAUUUACCAAAAAACAAAAUUGGCAAAUCUUAUGUUUGACCCUGUAACUUUCCAAAUCACCAUAAAACCUAUACUUCAGGGGUACUGUUGUACUCGUGAGAGAUUACUCUACACAAAUAUGAGUGUUUUAGAGCAGUAAAAUGUGUUAUACUGAUAAUAUCAUUGGUGAAAUGGCAGUUUAUGUAUAAAAGAUGCAAAAAAACAAAUAUAAAUUUUAGCCAGGAUUUGUGACUUAGUGGCUACUAAAAAAGAGUGGACAUACACCAUUAUUAACACCGUGAGUUGUCUACUUUAAAAAAAAAAAAUAUGGUUUGAUGAGGGUAAAUUACAUUGGACAGCUUUAAAAAUGUCCCAAAUAGGACAUGGGUGCAUGAGGACCAGCUGUGAAAAUUUCAAGUUGGAAAACUGGAAUGCGCACCCUCCAAAUAAGGUCUUUUUUGCCCCAAGAGACAUACCUAUACAUGGGUGUUAUCACUGUACUCAGGAGAUGUUGCUGAACACAUAUUGGGGUGUUCUUGGGCAGUAACCCUUAAAGUUCUCAGUACAUGUAUUCUUAAACUGCUACAUGUGUAAAAAAAAAUCACCAAUUAUUUAAUUUUCUUUUUAAAUUUGGCAUAGAUUGGUGGUAAAAUGGUUGCAUGAAAAGAGCAUUAAAGAGUCAAAAUACCCCAAAUUUAUUACCUUUGGUUGUCUUCCUUGAAAAAUAUAUACAGGUGAAGGGUUAUGCAGGGAUUCCUGACAGAUUUCAGUAUUACAAUGCAACUUGCGUUAAUUUUGAAAAAAAAUAGUUUGAAAAUAGCAAAGUGCUACUUGUACUUAUUGCCCUAUAACGUGCAAAAAAAAGCUAACAUGUUAACAUUGGAUGUUUCUAAACUCAGGACAAAAUUUAGAAACUAAUUAGCACAGGAUAUUUUUUGGAUGGUUGUGUAUGCGUAACAGAUUUUGGGGGUUAAAGGUAGAAAAAGUCUGGUUUUAAAAAAAUGUUUCAUCAUAUUUUAUAAUUUUGUAUCGUACAUUAUAUGAUAUGAUGAAAGAAAUGGUAUCUUUAGAAAGACCAUUUAAUGGCGAGAAAAUCUGUAUAUAGUAUGCGUGGGUACAGUAAAUGAGUAAGAGGAAAAUUACAGCUAAACACAAACACCGCAGAAAUGUAAAAACAGCCCUGAAGUGAAGCUGAAGUGCUCGAGUGUCCCUUAAAAGCGGCAAUACCGCAGGAAUCAGUCAUGGUACUUUGCACUAACCUCAGGAUUUUAAAUUAAUAUCAAUCUGAGUAGUUCACCAUAAAGUGGAUUUGUUUUGUUUUUUAGAUAAUAUUGAGUCGGUUAUUUUGCUUUUUACAUGGUGAUAUUUAGUAAAGCAGUGUAGCUUUUCACAGCUGGAUAUUGGAAUUGCAAUCCUAGGAUUGACAUAGUUAUGACUGCUCCUUCUCAUUCCCUCUGGGAUAUGUAAUGAAAAUAUUUUUUCAUAUGUAAGCCUUAAUCUGUUCCAGAAUACUAUAUAGAGUAAAUGCAUUGGUAUCUAAUAAUUAUACACAUUAUAAAACAAUCCCAAGUAGUUUAUACUCCCAACUGCUCUGCCUGUGUUGUGAAUGUAGAUAGCCCCAUUUCCCUAAACUUAAACAUACAAUGAAUUAAAGAUUUUGUGGGUCAUUGGUAAAAUUGGGAUAUCAGCGCCAACUUCCAUUGAUCCUCUAUCAUCCGCUAAAAUUGAAGUUCAGUUUCUGAAGAAAAUUUGCUGCAAGUUGUCCUCACAUAUCUAUAAACAAACUAUUUGAAUAGUAUCAGAAUAGAAUAGUUCAUUUGGACGGUACGUAUGUGGGAAAUCUGAAUUGAAACUCUGAAUUGCAGCAAACCCAGUAAUACAACAAUUGUCUACUAAGUAAAUGCUGCUAAAAAAUCCUACAAAGUAAAAAGUAACUGAGUGAUAAUUGUUUCCGUUGCAAUUAAACAGUGAAUUUAUGGUUUAGUGAAUAGAGUUAAAUAAAUAGUGUGAAAUGCUACAAAGCCGUUUUUCCUGGCACUAUAGUAUCCUAGACUUCAAUGAGCUGAAGUGGUCUUGGUGCCUACAGUGUCCCUUUAACUCUACCGCUACAACCUAGAUCAGGAGACUUCUGCUUGCCAUGAAGUGCCGAUGGGCAUAUUCAAGCAAGUUCCUAAUUCUGUUACUGUGAUCUUUCCAGGGAAAACCUUGCUUAAUAUUUGUUUACCAGGCCAUGCACAACACAGCAAAUAGGUUUAUUGGCAUGGUAAUGAAGCAAGGUGAUCCAUUGGAAUAGUAAAUGAACUGGCAAAAUAAGAACAGAAAACUGGAGUACACUCAUUUUGCUUGGGUUCAAAGAUAAACCGGGUUAUAAAAAUCAGAGUGGCAGUUUCCAUGCACUUUGCUCUGAUUUCCUGAAUUAAAGGUGUAAACGAGUGCAUGGGAAUUACAGAAUUGCAUCUUAAGGGCAUGAUUCUCUGACCCAGAUUGUUGCCAGGAAUAAAAAGUCAACAUAUUACUGUAUACUGAAUACAUAGAGUUUGUUGUCUUUGAGAGAAUGGAGACUUGCCAGUCACUUGACUUUGCACAUAGCUGAAACUGAGAGGUGCAGGACAAUACAACCUCAGCUUGAACAUUUAUCCUGUGACUUCAGAAAACAUUUAAUAUUUAACCAGCCAGUUACACAAACAUAAAAUCUCCUUAACACCAAGAUUGUCAGAAUGUGUGCAGAGCAGAUAGAAGGAGUGGGAGAGUUCAUGUUUUAUAGGAUAUACAAGAUGUGGUUAUAAGGAAAAAUGACUGUUGUUUUAAUGUGCAUAACCUUUGCAUGCUGAUGUGUCUGAGCAUGGUUCACCUCUUUUGGUGAGGCCAUACAGGGUUCCAUUGCAGGGGCGACAGUGUCAUCCUCCAUAUCAGCUUGUAUGCAACAGUCGUGUGCGGGAAAAUGUGUUAUCCACUUUACUAAACCCAAUUGUGUAAUCUAGGUUACAUCUCAUUUGGGAGUAAUGGUAUAAAUUUUCUGAACUGAGGUGUGGAAGAAUUGUACAUAUCAGGCUGCGUGUCUGUAAGUAUGCAAAAGGAGGGAUGUUAAGGUCAGGAUAUGUGUGUUUGAUUUGCUGGAGCUUAAGGAUCAUUGUGUAUGUUGGUAUGGCCUGCGUGAUGAUAGUGUGCAGCUAGGGUGUACCAAUUUAGGUUUGGGAUAUUUAAACCUAUAUUAAAUCUGAGUUGAGAUAGUUUGUGCAAUGCUAUAUGGGCAUUAUUGCUUCCAAAGAAAUUUAUUUUACUUACUAUUGGUAAGGAUUGCAGUAGAUAUAGAAUGUGACAAAAUCUCUAUUUUGCCUUCCCCAGAGUCAUUCUCCUACUCUGCUCAGGCAUUUCGUUGUUAUUUGGUUACCUAUUCAUCCGAUGAGACUAAAUACCGAAUACCGACCACCCCCUGGCUCAUUAAGUUCAAACAGUCCACAGGAAUUCAGUGCUCUCUUUGUUUGCCAUCUUGUCCCACAAAAGCAGGCAGCUCGAAGGCCCGAACACCGGUAAAAACGUACGAACGCCUGCUUCUAUUCGCGGUAAGCCAGGAGAUCGCUGUUCGACAGAUUGUUCAACGAGAACUCCCGAACAAACCCCAUACUUUGGUCCAGGGGACCCAUUCCCCUUUUUGAUUCGUGCACUGUUUUAUUUCGUAUGAAAACUCUCAAACUAGACCGACCGCUAUCCCUGAAACUAUGGAACCAUUUCUGGACAGACACCUCCAGAGCGGUCAGUCAAUUCUUCAUCCCAGUGGCAAUUCGACUACGUUUGUGGGAUCUGAGGGCUUUUCGGAUAUGUUGUGCGCUCAGAUCCAAGCUAUCUGGGGAUGUGCAGACUAUGUUGGUUCGGUUGUAUGAAAUAUGACUUUAUGUAUUUUAAAGUGUUUUUGUGAAUUUAUAAAAGAGUGAAUAUUUUCUGUACCUGGAAAUAAUUGAGUUUAAGCCAGCCACUUAACUCAAUUAUCGCCCAGAUUCAGAGGAGGGAUUAUGUGGGAGUGUUUUGGACCUGGGUGUCAUUGCCAUUGGGUGAUUGUUUUGUGUUACUAUCCCCACUCAGGUCCAGGGGGGAGUGCCUCUUGCAUGGGGACCUGCAUAAAAGGCCAGCUGUGGCUUCCAUUAAACAGAAUGCUUUACCCCUUCAUGAAGUCUUGGCUCAUGUUUGGGGGAUUGGGAGUUAUAAUCACUACAAGAGAGCAAAAAAUGGGUCGCAAGAGUAUUCUGAGAACGGACAGCAGCUAAAAUAGCCUGCCCUUCGGUGGGUCCCCGUUCAGAACUCAAGCUGGUUUUAGCUCAUCUUGUGCCAUUACAGAGAGAACAUAUCUGAAGCAUAUCAGACUGGUCCCACCCAUAUAUAAUCACUACAACUUCUUCUAUGCUUGGAUUUCGGGAGAUUCUGCACGGAUAUACUCAGCCAGAGUAUAGGGGAUCCGUUACAUAGGAGUUUCGGAAUUAUAACUGAUUUUAGGAGAGUGGCUCUCCCGGAGAGAGUCAAAGGGAGAUGCUCUCAUCUGGAGGGAAGAUAUUUUACCUCCGUCAGAAGUGGUGUCAGAUUGUUUUUGUAUCUAGUGGACAUUUUAUGGGAAUUAACACCCCUAGAUAUUUAAUAUUUUAGAUUUAACAUGAAAUUGUAGAAUGGAAUUACAAAAAAAAGUGGUAGUUUACAAUUUUAAAAAGAUGCGCCCAGGAUAGUUGGUGAAAGGUUCUCUGAGCAUCUAGCCUGAGCAAAACUGCCUAUUUUUUAUUGGAGUGGUUGUCAUAUAUAGAGGCUUUGGCUAUUACCUUUCUAAUUCCUUGGAAAAAUUGUCUGCUUCUAGUAAAUUUCCUGUACAAACUUUAAGAGUGGUUCCCUUAGUGGCUGUUCAUAUGACAUAUAUUCUCAGAAAAUGCUCAUAGACCCCUAGAGAGCUCUCUCAGUCACACUCACAGCUUUAUCCACAAGCACUCUUACACUCACAGACACACUCACUCACUCACUUCUACAGGAUCAGAGGUACUUUUACUCAGAAACAUGCGCUAUGACAGUCUUUCUCAUGCACUCUCUAUUUCAGACACUGUUACACUCCUACUUGUGUGCAGCUGUUUAAAUGGCCCUGGACAUUAGAGAGAACUGAGACACAGAAAAUUGAACCAGGCCAUGGUCAAUUCUCAGGUUCCUUCACAGAAUUCAGCUGAAAUUCCUGGUAGCUGUGACACUCACAUGACUCUCAGAGAGUGGGGCAAUACACCAUCUAAUUGUCAGUAACAGUGAGGACUGUCCCAAAACAGGAGAGCAUGGACUGUCAUACUGUGACAGCCACACCACCUGCAAUGUAGUAGUGCUGCACCACUUGCUCUAUGUCCAAUCAUAAAUUCGAUAUGUGGGAAUAUGGCUAACUAAGGGGGGAAUUUGGCUAAAUCAGUGUGCGUGUGAGAAUUUGAGUGACUUCAUGUAACUGAUUGCGUCUAUGAGUGUACUUUGUUAUGUAUUCAUUUUAUAUUUUCAUGAGGACAGCUGUUCAGGAGUGCAUUAAAAUAGAAAAAAGUAAGAGUGGUUAGAGAAUUCUCAAACACGUACCAACUGUGACAUCGCUGCUGUGGGUUCGGUGGCCAAGAGCAGGGAAGGAGGGGGUAAAGUUUAGUUCUAUUUACUUGAAACUGUUCCUCAUGGGCGCAGCCAACUUCAGAACCAGUAGCCAACGUCACUGCUGUACUCUCGCACAUGCAUAGACAGAGCCAAUUCCCUGCAGCCAUCACUGGCUGAGGACUUGACAGUUCCAGAUGUUGAUAGCUUCGCCACGUGUCUAGAAGUGUCAGGCGUAAGAAAUAUAUAGAGACAGAGUAGUCCCUACUUUGUCUCAGUAUAUCUAUUGACUGGUUUCUUAUUUUAUUAAAUCAAUGAAUUCAAACACAAAAAUUCUGUCUUUACAAAAUACUCUUUUUUAUUUAAGAGCUGGUGGGGUGAUAGUGGCACUUUAAGUAAUGCAUUUUUGGGAGCAGCUAAUUAGGUUUUGUAUGAGAGAGAGAAAGCUAGGUUAAUUAGGUAUGAAUGUGUAGUAGUGGUACGAGUGGUUAAGUGGGUAUAUGUAUGUGGCUAAUUAGAUGUCUGCAAUAUGUGGAUAAUUAGUCUUGUGUUGCAAAAUCUGUAAAAAUAUGUGGCUAAUUAGAUUUGAGAGUGUGGCAAACGGGUAUGUGUGGCUGUAUGACUAACUGUGUGUAUCGUGGGGGGGAGUUUUUGAGAGCGGAAAGCUAGUUAUGUAUGUGUGUUAUAGUGUGUCUCAUUGUGUGUGAAAGAUUAGAUAUGUGUAUGAACGUGGAAAAUCUAGAUGUGCAGAUGGUGAAGAGUAUAGGUAAAAACUGAUUGUGUAGGACACAUGUUCACACAACAUCCUGUUAUUCCCCAAUCUCAUCUGUGUGAUUCUGAUUAAAAAAUAAAUACAUUUGAAUGGAUUUGGGCACCAACAGAAACCUCCCCCCUCCUCUGGAUGUGCCAUAUUGAAGUUUGGUUCUGCAUAUAGAUUGAUCUUGUUCAGAUACCUAAUUCAUGACUGUGGGGAGUUCAGUGAAGUAGAUAUGUCCUGCUUUUUCACACUAGUCCACCAGGGGCUUAAAAACAUUCGCUACACGACUGGACAUACUGUUUUGUGUAGGGUGUGUAAGGGAGAAUGCUAAAAGUGGGAGAGCUGCAGGAAGCAAUAUCUGAAAGUUUUUACAUUUUCCACAUUCCAAAACAUUAAUUUGCAUGGAAAUCUAGUUAAUUAAUGACCAGUUAUUAAAGUGAAGUUAUUGAGCCGUAUGAUUUGUAUCGCUGUGACUGAAAAAUGACUUAAUGCUUCUCUUAAGGGCUCUGAGAUCACAAAGAUGUCACAUAAGAAAUACAUUUCACAUUUAAAUAUUGCAGUUUGUAAUGUUUAAUGCUGACAUAUACAGGGUGGGGCAAAAAAGAGUAGAAUUUGACAGGUAAAUAACUUAUUUUUGAGCUGGUUUUUGUUGUUGCAGGUACAUAUUACAACAGAGUCUUAGGAGAUUCACCAUGGGUAAUUUCACAAAGGAACAACAAGUAAAAAUACCAUAAUUUAUUUUUAUUUAAGACAUCAGGGAAAUUAUUUUUAAAAAAAUAAUUCUGUUCUGUAGUGGAAAAUCGUCCUGAAAUGUGGUUUCAAUAGGAUAGGGCUUUUGCCCAUACAGCAAAAGCCCUAUCCUAUUGAAACCAAAAUGUAGGCCAAAAUGUAGGCCAAAAUAGAUAAAGAAAUAAUAAUAAUAAUAAUAAAUAAAUGAAUUGGAAAAAAUUCCCAAGUCAGCUUUUGAGUUAAUCUAUUUUGGCCUAAAAUUUGAAAUUCACUUUGAAUUCCCAAAAAUGUACACUUUUGGUGAAUAACCCCAUAGGUUAACAUUUUUGAAAUUGCAGAAUUGCAGCUUCUGCAGUGUCGUAAAGGAACACUAUAGCUUUGGAAAACAAACAUGUAUUCCUGACUCUAUUGUGUCCUGCUAACAGUUUAGGUGUCCAGGACAGAACACCUCCCCCACAGAAAUAAUUAAAAAAAAACACCUAUCUUUCUUUCUUUGCUGUGCUGCUCUCUGAGAUGCCGCCCUGCUUCCCGGACUGAGAUCAUCAACCCUGAUGAUCUCAGCCAAUCAAAUUCUUCUCUGACCCCCCAUAAGAAAUAAAAAAGCAAGUUUUGCUAACCUUUCUUACCAUACUGUGCUACUCUCCACACUGUUGCCAGCUUCCCUGCCUAAGAUCAUCAAGAUCAUCUUGGCCAAUCCAAUGCUUUCCCAUCGGGAGGCUAGUGUAGAAGCUACACCAUUUGAUCUUUAACAAAGUUUGACUCAGUUCUCACAGGGAAGUGGUUAUCAGGAAGAGAGCCUAAAGAGGUGUGUUUAACCCUACAACAAUUAAGGACUAUUAAGGAGAGAGCGCAGGUAACUUUUUUUUCUUUGGUUUUUAACUAUAUAUUGGGGCUGAUGUGUACUGUGGUCAUUGCUGCCGCCCAGGAGUAAUGGGAGUGGGCGCAGGACUUAUCUUUUUGUAUUUGUAAGCCUACAACAAAAAAUUGCUGUUUCUACUAAAAAUAAAUAUUUGACAUUGCAGAAUUAAAUCAUCAAGAUCAUCUUGGCCAAUCCAAUGCUUUCCCAUCGGGAGGCUAGUGUAGAAGCUACACCAUUUGAUCUUUAACAAAGUUUGACUCAGUUCUCACAGGGAAGUGGUUAUCAGGAAGAGAGCCUAAAGAGGUGUGUUUAACCCUACAACAAUUAAGGACUAUUAAGGAGAGAGCGCAGGUAACUUUUUUUUCUUUGGUUUUUAACUAUAUAUUGGGGCUGAUGUGUACUGUGGUCAUUGCUGCCGCCCAGGAGUAAUGGGAGUGGGCGCAGGACUUAUCUUUUUGUAUUUGUAAGCCUACAACAAAAAAUUGCUGUUUCUACUAAAAAUAAAUAUUUGACAUUGCAGAAUUAAAAGUAAAGGACUACUGAGUCAGAUUUCAAGUCUUACUCUACCAGACAGGCCCUAAAAGUUGCUUGCCACUGUGAGUCAUAACAUACUUUUCAGGAUUGAAUUUCUACUCUCCAGGGUUGAAUUUUCACACGCAAAUGGCUACAGCCCUGUUUACCCAUCAUGCACCUUGCAUACUCUUCCUGAUUGGCUGCUCAUGUUGAUUUUUUUUAAAUGCAUUUCAUUGCGAAUGUGGGUUGUAGUAGGAAAAAUAAAUGCAAACACCACACAUGACCUUGUUCUGUGUCAUCAUCAUCAAAAUUUCAGAUUUCUAUUGCAUAAUUAAAUACAAGCAAGUUUUGGGUAUAUCUACUAAACUGUGAAUUUUAGUAAUUUGGGAUUUGGGCAGUAGAGUGUCCCUUAAACCACAACAGCCUGGUCAGUUAUAAAAAUAUCCAUAAAAAACAUUAUGUCAGAUAUUCCCCAGUCUGGUUCCACUGCUCACAUCCACCUCCAUAGGCUCCAUCACAUGGUCUGACCAUGCGGACAUUACGCUACAACUUACAUUACCUGACAUACACAGAACAUGGACUUGCCGCCAACACCCUCCUGGCUCGUAAACUCAAGCGUAGAUCGGACCGCAAACACAUAGACAAAAUCUACUCCCCUGACAGCAACACCCAUGACCUACCAGAUCGGAUAGCUACUAUCUUCCAAGAAUACUUCAUCACCCUUUACAACCACAGCCCACACUUUCGCCUCGAAACCGGGACGAGUAACGUCACAAAUAGACACAUCUGAAAUCGAUUAACCUGCCCUCCCUCACCCCUGCGGGCGCCAACCAACUGAUAACACCAAUCACACCAGAAGAAAUAAUAAACACAUUCAAAACGCUGAAACCAAACAAAUGCCCAGGACUGGACGGGUUCUCAGGUCUUUAUUAUAAAACAUCCGCAUCUCUAUUGAUCCCUCACCUCUUAAACUCCCUACUAGAGGGCGAUGCACUACCUCCAGAUAUGUUACAGGCGAAUAUUUGCCUUCUUCCUAAAGUCCCUCCUGGAACCGGGUCAUUAUCUUCCCAUCCCACUGUUAAAUGUGGACAUCAAGAUAUUCAGCAAACUCAUGGCAGAAAGACUCAAUCCCUUCCUCCCACAAACAGGCCAAUGACAAUACUAGAAGGACUUAUGACCUCAUUUGGUAUGCAGACAACCGACAGAUCCCCACUUUAAUCCUAUCCCUAGACACAGAGAAAGCCUUUGAUAGAUUAAUAUGGCCUUCCUCUUCGCCACCCUCCACAAAUUCGGCAUCCCUCGCCCCUUCCAUAAGAGCACUACAAUCACUAUAUUCCUCCCGAGGGGCGAGGAAUACAAGAUAGCUGCUUAUGCAGGACCCCCUGUUACUGACAAUAAUGGAUCGCACAAACUCUAUGCCCCCACUUCUAGUGUGUCACGUAUUCAUCCGCUUAUAGAAAUGUGGUUAAUGACAUUUACUGUCCACACAGGAAAAGUUGUGCCGAGCAGCAACCUAAUCCACAGAAGGUUUAAUGCUGAGCAGUAAUUGUGCAAAUGAAACCUGGUCUCAAGUAUUCAUCCGCUUAUAGAAAAGUGGUUAAUGACAUUUACUGUCCACACAGGAAAAGUUGUGCCGAGCAGCAACCUAAUCCACAGAAGGGUUAAUGCUGAGCAGCAAUUAUGCAAAUGAAACCUGGUAACUGACUUUGGGGUCAAAGGCCGGUUACAACCUAUCAGAAAGAAAGGGGUAUUUAGGCCCAGUUCUCAGCCUGCUCAGUGCCCUGUCGUGGUUUCCCUUGUGGUUGUCUGAGAGCGUGUUCCUGUUUAUAGUUUUCUACCUGGUUUUUGACUUUGGCUUUGUUUAUUGACUUCUCUAUAUUUUGGUAUCCUGACUCCUGGCUGUCCUCAUCGCUGUGUCCCUUUCUGUGUUCCCUGACCUCGGCUAGUAUUUUUGACUAUUCUUUGUACGUUAAAUCCGGCCAUUCUAAGGACCGGUAAUACGUUACUUAUUUGUCAUCCGUGCUGUACAGUUCUACGUGCUGGAUCAAACAGUAAUCCUGACAUAGUGGCCCUACAAGAUUAUGCCAACGUCUCUGGAUAUAAAUUAAAUGUGGAUAAGACAGAAGCCCUCCCCAUACAAGUCCAAUUACAAACCGUCAAGUACCUUCAAAGCCUAUACCCGUUUAUUCCAAUCCGCCGCAAUUAAAUAUCUGGGCACCGUAUUACCAGCUGACCUAUCCCAAACAUACCAAUGUAAUUAUACCCCGUUACUGUACAAAGCCCACCAAGAUUUAAACACGUGGAACACUAUGCCCAUCUCUUGGCUAGGACAUGUAGCGUCCGUAAAAAUGAACCUCCUGCCAAGGUUCUUAUAUCUUUUCCAGGCCCUCCCUGUGACGAUUUCGCAGCAGGAUUUCAAAACUCUCCAAUUCCAAAUAGAUAAAUUCAUAUGGGCCAACAAAAGAGCCAUGAUCAAACGCCAAACUCUGUAUGUCCCCAACAGAGCUGGUGGACUCGGACUCACAAACUUCACCCAUUACUUUCAUGCGGCACAAUUGGCACAGGCACAGAACCUACACGCACCAUAUGGCAUUAAACGAUGGGUAGACAUAGAGCACACCAUACUAGGCUGGGUCUUCCCAUCCCUAUACAUAUGGUUCCCACAACAUACGAGGCCCCAGCUACCCCCCACCUCUCCUGCGAUCCUCACAUUUGGGAUCAAAUGGCAAUAAAAUGUCAACUUAUCUCUAAUCCAUCACCCCUGACACCUAUACUCCGGAACACAGACUUUUCCCCCGUUAUGCACCCCAAAGACUUCGCACGACUUGAGGACAAUGACUUAGUCCGGCUCCACCAAUUCUACGCCAACCAAAACAUAACACCAUUCACCACUUUUAAAUUUUUUCGAUACAUACAAAUCAGAAGCUUCCUGACCUUACCCAACAACAAACAAACAGGAAUGACCCCUCUAACCCCCCUUGAGAGGGCCUGCCUCUGGAGGCCCAUUCAGAAAGGACAAAUAUCCACAAUCUACACCCUUAUCGCCCAACACACAGGAGAAGGUUCACUGGCAUACAAAUCGGCUUGGGAGAGGGACUUGGGAUUUCUAUAUGCGUUAACCACAAAGAACAGGCGUACAAAAUGCUCAUGCUGUGGUAUCUUACCCAGCUUCGGCUCAAACAGAUGGGCAGGACAGACUCAGACAGAUGCUGGAAGGGUUGUGGGGAGAAGGGUGUCAGGAUUACAGAAUGAUCCAGCACUUAGAAUUGUGUAACACAGAGGACUGAUAGGUAACGUAUACCGGACCUUAGAAUGGCCGGACUAACGUACCAAAGAAUAGUCAGGAAUAGCCGAGGUCAAGGGAUACAGAAAGAGACACAAUGAUAAGGAAAAGCCAGGAGUCAGGGAUGCCAGAAAACAGGGAAGUCAAAAACAAUGCCAAAGUCAAAUAACCAGAUUAACCAAAAUCAAUAACGCGCUCUCGGACAACCACAAGGGAAACCACGACAGGGCACUGAGCAGGAUGAGAACUGGGCCUAAAUACCCCUCCUCUAGAUCUGAUAGGCUGUAACCGGCCUUUGACCCCAAAGGCAGUUACCAGGUUUCAUUUGCAUAAUUGCUGCUCAGCAUUAACCCUUCUGUGGAUUUGGUUGCUGCUCGGCACAACUUUUCAUGUGUGGACAGUAAAUGCCAUUAACUACAUUUUUAUAAGCGGAUGAAUACGUGACAAAGGAUACCUGUAUUCAUCUUUGGUGGGAAUGUGACCGAAUUCCACCGCUGUGGCACAAAGUUGUGCACCUAACCUCAAGAAAUCUUACAUACUGACAUUCCACUAGAUUCAUGAACCUGGCUAUUGUCCAAACCCUGUGGGGACACGCCUAGAGCUCAAAAGAAACUCAUCGCUAAAAUCGCACUAGCCACUAGGAGAACCGUAGCAGCCAAAUGGGGUAGCCCAGAAAUCCCCUCCCUAGACACAGUAAAGCAGAAGAUAAACGAAGCUAGGAAAAUGGAAAGCCUUUCAGCACUCAUCCACGAUACCACCAAAACCUUUCAUAAAAUCUGGGAUCCCUGGAUCUUCAAAUCCCCCCUCCCCACAUAAUCAGAUUACUAUGGCUCAAGGUAAGGUAAUUGAGGAACACAAACCUUUCCCCCCUCAUCUCUAUACUAACCUACUACUCUAUACUAACCAACUUCAUCACGUAUCCUCGACACCUUCUAAUAUCCUCUCCCCAUUGAUCCUUCAUAACCCCUCCACUGUUACAGGAAAACACCCAACCACACAGUAUUAUUGCAAACUCCUCCAUGACAUGGUUGAGGGCUCAGUACGCAUUUCCCACACCACGGCCACCCCUGGGCUUGCACAACAGAGCCUAACAGGAAGAACCAGAACAAGACAAACCCCCUUCUCCUACCUCCCUCUUAUAUCACAGCGUCAACUGAUGCUAUGUACAUUGAACCACCAUAGACUACAGUGACGCCGUCAUAGUAGCCAUAGACAUUAAUACCAGGGCCACAAACGGUUACGAACCCUAUAACUUACCGGUAUUGAUGGACCCCCAUACAAGCAUAGUCGACAAAAGUGAAAGUAGUACAUGAGUUCCCCCUUUUGGGCCCUCUCCUUCUUGUACCCCUUCCCCACCUAUGACCGACCAUAACAAAGGCAGACAACCUCACUACAGUAGAAGCUUUACUUAAAAUAUACACAGGUUAAAUUCUGCAUAAACCACUGUUGUCACUUCCGUACAUUUGUACAAUCUGUAGGACUGUCAAGUUGUAACAAAAUAAUGUUAUGCAAUAUAUGUGUUAUCCAAUUUUAUCCCCGACUCUUAUUUCUGUACCCCUUACUCAUAAAACAAAAUCUUUGAAAUAAAGAAUUUAUUUAAAAAAAAAUAAAAAAUUAUGUCAGUGAUGAUGGAGAGGUGGCUCUCUAUCGUGACAGUGAAAGUGUUUAUGUAGCUUUUUUUGCUCUACAUGACUGGAGAAACACAUUCAUUCAUACUCUAGGUCACGUUUGACAUUGUAUCAAUUCUACAUUGUAUUCAAUUUGUUAUCUAUUUUCUUUCUCUGUAUUCUUCCUUACUUGUGUUUCUUUUUUUGUUAGAAAGGAUGUUUCCAACCCUUCCUGUGGUUCUCUCUCAAAUCCGAUCCUUCUUUCUCAAUUUUUCUUUUUCUUUCCUAUUUUUAUCAAUGUUGCACUAUUCUCCUUCUUGCAGUUUCCUCCCAAUUCCAUUUCUUUUCUCUCUCUCUUCUCCCCUCUGUAAGUAACAAUGACUGUUUUCUCUUGUCGACAAAUAGGUGGUUACAUUUUAGAACUGUAUCCAGUUUUAGAAAAUACUGCUGUUGGUUUAUGCCCCUCCUCCACACAGCACCCACGGUAUGGCCAGUCAUUUCUGGUAUGCCAGCUCGACAGUCAGUGCCCAGGGACAUUCUUGCAUUUGUCUGAAUCUGGCCACUGGCACUGAGAGAUGUUAUGAGAACUGACUUGUUCCUUACACUCUCUCAUCUUUAGUUCUAACAUUCAUCUAAGUCCUAAGCACAUUGCAGGUUAGUGUAUUGUAUUUUAUGUGUGCACUGAUUGCCAUUUGUGUAUUUUGUAUAUAGGAAGGUCAUCGCAGUAAGAAAUAUAUAUUAGUAAUGAGAGGUACAUGUGGCAUGCUUGUUAAACAACAUGAUUUAUUUACUAUAACAGGGGUUGUUAAGAAUUGACAAGCGAGUUGUAUACAUCCCAAAAUUGGAAGGUUUGUAUAAAGGGGCAAGUCACCUGAAACAAAGGGCAUGUCAGCCUAACUAGCAGUAGUUCUGGCCUGCGAAUAUGCAGAGAACUUUUGGAGUGCUCUUGCACGGGCUCAGUGCUCUGAUUUUACUUUGUGCAAUGCAAGCAUCUAGAAUGAUGUGCUGUGCUCUCAGAGGGCCGGAAAAGUAUAGGCUAAAAUAGUUGGAGUGGGAGAAUUUUUCCAAUUCAGCUAUUAUGCCCUGAAAUUUGCCUUUCAAUUAAGAGACUCAAUAUGUAUAUAUUUUCUUCUGUUAGUUGAUGGGUUUAUUAUUAUUAUUAUUAUUAUUAUUUUUUUUUUAUAAAUUAUUUGAGUCCUUGAAUACUUCUGAUUUCAAUAAAGUUUUUGUCCAAAUUUUUAGGGACUUGUUUAUUUUCAUUUUUCCUCUUUUAGUAGGGGUUCUUUGGUAUUUGUUCUUAUUCACUAAAAUUCGCAGCCACACUGUGAAUUUUAAUGGAUAUAGAUAUGGAUAAGGCCAACUUGCUGUUAAAUUUCUUCAUAAAUGUAAAAACAGCAUCAAAGGAUUGUAGUUUAUUAAAGCAGUUCUGUCACCAUUUGCAAUCUUUGCAUAUUUAGCAAAGACCCAAAUUGGUGUCUUUGCUGCUGGCAGUAUGGUGGCCCCAGAUACAGAGAAAGGUGAGUUUUACAUACCUGAAGCUGCCCCUCACGGCCGCUGCCACCUUCUCCUGUGGGAUACUCUUUGACUCCUGGAUCUUCCUUGGAUAGGAGCUGACAUCAGUACUGCACUCUUACAAAUGCGCCAGGGUACAACACUGAUGUCAAAGUGUUGUACAAAGACUUUUCCCUCUAAGCCCUAACCAGUGAUUGACAGCAGUAGCUCUGCCUGUUGGUCAAGCUUUGUCAAGUGCAGGAAAAUUACAUAACACAAAGUAGUCCCUAAUUUGUCUUUUCAUACCUUUUGACUGGGGUGGGAUUUUAGUGAAAUUCAAACACAGUCUUUAUAAACCUUUCAUACAGAUUUUAUCUUUAUGAAAUGCUCAUUAUUAUGACGGGGGAGUGGGUAACAGACGCUUUAAAUAGCUACAUAUUAAAAUUUAACUACAAAAUAGAUAAGCUGUAAAAAUAUCAAGAAUAGAAAAUGUUUUGAAAUUGGCAAACAGCCUAACAUUUUCAAUUUAGUUUUCAAAUCAUCAUAAGUCAUUCUUUAGUAAAUAUCAGGUGAAAUGAAGGGCUAGGUACUCCAAGUUCCAGGAACAGCGGCGGAUGUUAAAGUUAAAGAUGGUGGAUGCUGGUCCCACUUACCCCUGACCUAGAGAAAUCAUGAGACUUUACCAUACCGAAAGAUUAUUUAUUUAUUUUUUAAACAAAAACUGGGAAUACAUUGUCCCUCCUGUCCCUGUAACCUUAAGAAAAAUUGCCAAUAUUUAUUGCCUAGAGCAGGGCUUCCGAAACUUUUAUGGGUCGAGACCCACUUUUGAGAAUGUUAAUUUUUCUAGACCCAUUUGCUUUGAAUGCAUAUUUUAAAAAUGAACCCCAUGAUAAUCUGCUUUAGAGGCAUACAAUUGGCACACCAUGGCAAUCACUUUUAAGAGGCAUAAAAUUGGCACACUGUGGCAAUCAGUUUAAUAAGCAUAAAAUUGGCACACCAUAGCAAUCAGUUUUAGAGGCAUACAAUUGGCACACCAUGGCAAUCAGCUUUAGAUGCAUACAAUUGGCACACCAUGGCAAUCAGCUUUAGAUGCAUACAAUUGGCACAACAUGGCAAUCAUUUUUAGAGGCAUAAAAUUGGCACACCAUGGCAAUCAUUUUUUCAGGCAUAAAAUUGGCACACUAUGGCUAUCAGUUUUAUAAGUAUAAAAGUGUCACUCCAUGGCAAUCAGAUUUAUAAGCAUAACAUUAUCACACCAUGGCAAUCAGUUUUAGAAGCAUACAAUUGGCAUACCAGGGCAGCUUUAUAUGCAGAAAAUUGGCACACCAUGGCAAUCAGCUUCAGAGGCAGAAAAUUGGCACACUACGGCAAUUAGCUUUAGAUGCAUAAACGUGGUACAUCAGGGCAAUCAGCUUCAGAGGCAUAUAAUUGACACACUGUGGCAAUCAGCUUUAGAUGCAUAAAAUUGGCAUAUCAUGGCAGUUUUAGAGGCAUACAUUUGGCAUAUCAUGGCAGUGUUAGAGGCAGAAACUUGGCAUAUCCUGGCAAUCAGUUUGAGAGACCUACAACUGCUUACUCACAGACUGAGGCAGGAUCAGAAGCGCUGUGUUCCACUCCUUCAUCCAGGCAUCUCAUGUAGAGUAUCCCAGUGGUGAAACUAAUGGAUAGAGGGCCCUGGUGCAAGUAUAUUUUCUGGAAUCCCCUUUAGUGCAAGUGUGGCCAAAAGGUGGGUCCCCAUCUGUCGGAGAACUUCAACAAUGCUAUGCCAGCUGGGGAUCUACCAUUUGCCCAUCGUUGCAGGGUUGUAUUCGUGAGCAGUGUUUGAGCGUUUGAAUGUAAGCAUGUUUUUGUAUGAAGUAUAUGUGUGCAUGUAUGGGUGUAUUUGUAUGUACUGUUGCCGUUGGAAUGUAGUGGUGUACUUGUGUGUAGUGUUUACGUCUGAAUGCAAGGGUGUGUUUGUAUGUAAUAUUUGUGUUUGAUUGCAGUGCAUGUGUAUAUUGUGUAUAUAAAAAUAUACAUAUACACAAUGUGUGUUUAAAUGUAAGCAUGUUUUGUAUGGAGUAUGUCUGUGAAUGUUGGUGUUUGAAUGCAGGUGUGUAUUUGUGUGCAGUGUAUACACUUCCACACACACUGAAACACAUAUAAACACACACAUGCAAAAAUACACACUGACACAGCAAUACACACACACACAAUGACACCGACUUUCCCACACACAGAUACACAGACACUCAUGUACACAGCCACACAUGAACACACAAAUACACACACACUGAAGCAAAAGGACACACAGAUACACAUACACACACAUACAGGAGGUGAGAGUGACAGUGUGGGGGAGAGUGUGUGCUGGUGACAGCAUAGGGGGGCAGUGUGAGAAAGGGUGACAAUGUGGGGAUGGGCGAGAAAGGGUGACAGUGUGGGGGUUGGAGGGUGAGAAAUGGUUACCGUGUGGGGGUCAGUGUGAGAAAGGGUUACAUUGGGGCGUGAAGGGUGAGAAAGGGUUACAGUGGGGGGCAGGGUGAGGAAGGGUUACAUGGGUGGGGGACAGGAAAAUAAGGGGUAACAGUGGGGGGCAGACUGUCCUACCUUUAAUUUUAAUUGAAUAAAUUCCCUGGUGGUCCAGUGCCCUCCCUGGUAGUCCAGUGGGUUGACUCUGCAGUCUGCAGCUCCGACGGGUGCAAAGCUGCCGACCGUGUGAUAGAAGUCUUGUGAGCUCCCGGAGGUCUGGGCUCUUUCUCGGGCAGACUGGGAAAGCCACCUCCUGGUGUCGGACCCGCAGUCAUGGACUGAGGGCCCCACCUAUCAGUCUCCCUGCCUGCCCGAGUCCCCGGCGGCCUUGGAUGUGUGGGUCAGUGCGACCCACUGGGAAUCACUCGGCGACCCACACUUUGGGAAACCCUGGCUUAGAGUGUCUGGGUAGAGACAGCUUUACAUGUCAGUUGGUCCCCUCCCCCCCCAAAGAAAUAUACGGUGAUUAAAGUGAUUUUAAUGAAUGUAUUAACUUAACUUUGCAAGCAUAACAUCUUAUAAUCCUACAUUGGCAUUUGAUAAUAGAACUGUAUUCUUACACUACAUUGUCCAUUAGCAGCAGCGCUUUGUCCCACCCCACCCAAAAAAGGGUUAAAAAGCCUUUUUUCAUUUACCUGAGGUCCAUCCUUCUGUGACAUCACAGCAAUUUGGGAACCUAAUGCUCAUGCACAGCAAGUGUGCGCAUUAGGGCUUCCCCACAGAAAAGCAUUGAGUCAAUGCUUUCCUAUGGUAUUUUUGAAACAUGCAAAGCAUGAGGAUGUCCAGUGUUAUUUCAUGUAGUUAAGUUCUGUGUAAAUGCAGGAAAUGCUUCUAGCGGUUGUCUGGUAGACAGCCAUGGUCCCAUGUUUUAUAUUAUAUUUUAUUUAAUGAAAAACUGCAUAUUCUCUGUAUAGCAAUAAAAAAAAAAACCUAUUACUGAUCUUAAACUAUUUCUGCUGAAACGUUAGUUAUGCUUUGGAUUUUGAAAGGCUAUUGAUGUUAAAUAAACCCCUGUCUUUCAUCUGCCAUGGGUAGAAACACUGUAUUGUUUGAUUCAAAUUACUUUCCAACCAAUCUUAUAUAUAGCAUGUCAAAAGCAUUCAAAGGUGACGUUAUGAUGGUCCAAAUCUGGGUGUUCACUAAUGUCAAGCAAAAAAGGCAUUGUACACUGUCGUAGAUCAGUUAGAAAGGCAAUUCAAACCUACAAAAAAUAAACAUUAACACCAUCAUCCCUCUGCUGCCUUUCAGAGCAGACUGAUAAUAAGAGAUAUAAUUUCAGCUAUGUAUAAAAAAAAAAAAAAACAACUCUCUUCGCAAUGUAAUAUAUUUCCCUAUUUUAUUGCAGCGCUGUAAGGACAGAGUGAAUGCUUUGGCUAUCUCUGUAAUGAACAUGUGGCCAGGUGUAAGGCUGCGGGUUACAGAAGGUUGGGAUGAGGACGGUCAUCACUCUCAUGACUCCCUGCACUACGAAGGACGAGCUUUGGACAUUACAACAUCAGACCGAGACAGGGGCAAGUACGGAAUGUUGGCCCGUUUGGCAGUAGAAGCUGGCUUUGACUGGGUGUACUAUGAAUCCAAAGCACACAUUCAUGUUUCUGUGAAAGCAGGUACUAUAUUAGGAUACAUGUUAUAUUAUCAGUCAGUGGGAGUGAAUGUCUGUCUUUUUGGACUAUUUGUAACUUAAAUAAAUUAUAAUGAUGUAACAAUUCUGAGAACAAAAAGUACAAAGGAACAGUAUCAUACUUUGUAAUAAUGUUUUAUAGAAAAGAAAAUUAGCAUAUGAGGCAGACAUGGCAUAUGGAUGAAAAUGGCCUAAUCAUGAGAAUGCAGUCUUGCCUUUACCUAUUUAUAUUAUGUCUUAUAUCAAAUCAUAUUUUAAAAAGAACGCAUCAUCAACAAACAACAAAAAACAAGGAACACACUAGGCACUGUAAUAAAUUUAAUGACACUGAUCCACUACUCAAAAACUCAGUCAUCUGACUGGUCAUGUUCUAUGUCGGAAUCAGAGGUCGAACCAGGGCCCCUUUUGAUAUUGAUUGGACCCUGGGCAAGGAUUUGCUUGGGCCCCCUGAACCCACUCCCUUGCAUGCCAUUACGCCUUCCAUCCCAACGCAGUGGCAGAACUAAAGUAGAAAGAGCCCUGGUGCAAGAAUUUUAUUGGGCCCCCAAUUGCAAGGUUGGACAAAAGGUAAAACCCUAGCUGUCGUACAACUCCAACAAUGUUUUGACAGCUGGGGCUCUACCAAUUUCUCAUGCUUGCAGGGUUGUAUUUAGCACUGUGUUUGAAUGUAAGCAUGUUUUUGUAUGGAGUAUGUUUGUGUGUAUGUGGUGUUAGAGUUUGAAUGCAAGCGUGCAUUUAGGUUUAGUGUUGGUUUUUGAAUGUAUGGUUGUGUUUAUAUAUAAUUUUGGUGUUUAACACAGAGGUGUGUUUGUAUGUAGUGUUGACGUUUCAUUGCAGGAGUAUGUUUGUAUGUAAUGUUGCAGUUCGAAUGGAGGAAUGUAUUUGUAUUUAAUGUUGAUGCUCAAAUGCUCAGACACACAUGUACACACACUGUCACACAUGCAGGUACACAAACUGACUACAUACAGAUACGCACACAGAUACACACACUGACAACAUACAGAUACACAGACACAUACAGAUACAAUGACAGACAUAAUGACACAAACAAAUACAUACAAUGACAGACAUACCGACACACACAGAUACAUAAAUUGACAGACAUACUGACACAUACACAGACACAUACACUGACAGACAUACUGACACAUACACAGACACAUACACUGAUAGACAUAAUGACACAUACAGAUACAUAUGCAGGCAGAAGCUCCUGUUAUAUAGUCUGGGACAGAGAAAAAGUGGAUGUAGUGAGUGUAGAAGAAAGGAAUAUGCCACAGUGUUAGAGAGACUGAAGCAGCAAGAGCAUUUGCAUAGUGCGCAAAUUCAGCUUUACCUUAAAGGACCACUAUAGUGCCAGGAAAACAUACUCAUUUUCCUGGCACUAUAGUGCCCUCAGGGUGCCCCCACCCUCAGGGACCCCCUCCCGCCGGGCUCUGGGGAGAGGAAAGGGGUUAAACUGACCUUUUUUCCAGCGCCGGGCGGGGAACUCUCCUCCUUCUCUCCGCCUCCGAACCUCCUCUUCGGCUGAAUGCGCAUGCGCGGCAGGAGCUGCGCGCGCAUUCAGCCAGUCUCAUAGGAAAGCAUUCAUAAUGCUUUCCUAUGGACGCUGGCGUCUUCUCACUGUGAUUUUCACAGUGAGAAGCACGCAAACGCCUCUAGCGGCUGUCAAUGAGACAGCUACUAGAGGCUUUAGAGGCUGGAUUAACCUAUUUAUAAACAUAGCAGUUUCUCUGAAACUGCUAUGUUUAUAAAAAAAAAAUGGGUUAACCCUAGCUGGACCAGGCACCCAGACCACUUCAUUAAGCUGAAGUGGUCUGGGUGCCUAGAGUGGUCCUUUAACUAAAUUCAUUGUCAGCCAGUCCAAAUAAGUUUUGUUCCCCUACAUCCCUCUUAAGUUUCCAUACUUAACCCCUUAAGGAUGGCAGGCAUGCUAUAGUCCACACCGUCCAGGGUGCUUACCUGCUCGCCGACGAUCCCACGCCGGACAUUGCGAUGGGGGACUUACCUGGCAUCUCAUAAUUAUAAAUAUAUAUAAUAUAAAAAAUAUAUAUAUAUAUAUAUAUAAAUACGUUAAAAAUGAAAAAAAAAAAAAUUAAUGAAAAAAUAUAUAUACAUAUAUAUGUGUGUAAUUUCAUUCUAACUUUUUUUAAUAUUAAUAUAUAUAUAUAUAUAUAUAUAUUAAUAUCAAAAUACACUUAAAAUGAAAUAAUAUGUAUAUCUAUAUACAUAAAUAUAUAUGUAUAUAUCACUAUAUAUAUACCUAUAUAUAAAUAAAAAUAAUUUAAAUAUAUAUAUAUUUUAAUUCUACAUAUAUAUUUAUGUAAUAUUUUUACAUAAUUAAGUCAUUUUAUUAUCUACAAUUUGCGGGACCUGCCUGAUAACCCAGGCAGAAAGUCCAGAAAAUUUAAUUAGCUGGCACUAUAUUUAACCCUGUAACAUUCCAAGACACUAUAAACCCUGUACAUCGGGGGUACUGUUUUACUUGGGAGACUUCGCUGAACACAAAUAUUAUAUCUUCAGUUAAAGUGAAGUUUUUUGCAUUUUUCACACACAAACUGCACUUAAACUGACAAUAUAAUUCUUGUGAUAAAUGUUACUGUUUUGAAACACUAAUACUUGUGUUCAGAGAAGUCUCCUGAGUAUAACUGUACCCCUCAUGUACAUGUUUUAUGGUGUUUUCAAAAGUUACUGAGUCAAAUAUAAAAUUUGCAUUUCAGUUUUUUCACAUGAAAAUUCGCCAGAUUGGUUACGUUGCCUUUGAGACCGUAUGGUAGCCCAGGAAUGAGAAUUACCCCCAUGAUGGCAUACCAUUUACAAAAGAAAACAACCAAAAGUAUUGUAAAUGGGGUAUGUCCAGUCUUUUUUUAGUAGCCACUUAGUUACAAACACUGGCCAAAAUUCAAAUAAGUUUUUUGCAUUUUUCACACACAAACAAAUAUUAACACUAACUUUGGCCAGUGUUUGUGACAAAGUGGCUACUAAAAAAGACUGUAUAUACCCCAUUUGCAAAACAUUGGGUUGUCUACUAAUGGAAAUGGUAUGCCAUCACGGGGGUAAUUCUCAUUCCUGGGCUACCAUAUGGUCUCAAAGGCAACGUAACCAAUCUGGCAAAUUUGAAUGUGAAAAAACUGAAAAAUUAAACAUGCUAAAUUGGACCCUGUAACUUCCCAAAACACCAUAAAACCUGUACAUAAGGCGUACUGUUUUACAUGUGAGACAUCGCUGAAUACAAAUAUGUAUUUUAUUGCCGUAAAAGCAAACAGUAUUAUGAAUAAAAUGAUAUAUAAUAAAAAAUAUAUAAUAAGUGUGGGUGCACUUAAUAUGAAAGAGGUGAAUUACGGUUGAACAGAAAUAUAGUCAAAUUCCAAGUUUUGUUUACGUUUUAUUUUGAUCAAAACGUGUACAUUUGGCUCAGUCCUUAAGGGGUUAAGCAAGAGCAUGUGAAGAAUAGUAAAAAAAUAAAUAAAUGUAUUUUGCUGCAGCUCCAUCGGCCCUUUUGUUAAUCUGGCCCUGAACCCUCCCUCACAGCAGCUCCUCUCUUUAUGGGAGAAAGUGACUUUAGGCUGUCACUUCUUCCCAUGCUGCCGAAAAGCAAGGGGCCCGGUCACACUCUUAAAGGGCCACGCCUGAUCGGGCCCAUGCUGAUACAAGCUCACCAGAUGACCUUAAGUGUAUGGGCCACCCGGUGGGCCUCCUUAGAGUGUCAGGUCCAGCAGCACUGGCGGGGUAAAAAAUAUUGUUGAGGGCAGCGGACCCACGGGGAAGAUGGUAGUGUUAGAAUUGAGAAAAAGACCUGGAGGAAUGAUAUGAUGCAGAAAGAGUCAUAGAGGAUUGGUAGAAAAGAGAACAUAUUUAUAUUAAUCAGCAAGUUGUAUUCAAAUCUAGAAGAGGUCUGGUAGACCGAACUAGGGUUAAAAAACAAAAACAAAAAAGCCAUGAGAGAAAAGUAAAGGUCAACGUUUUUUGGAUGUAGAAAGGCAUGGACAGUUAGUUGAGUUCAGUUUACAUUUAGAAAGAAAUGCCAUGACAAAUAACAAGAGAACAAUAUUGUUAGAGGACGUGGAGAUUUAUUUAAACACAAUCUAGUCAAGUCAAAGAUAAAUCAGGGGCCAUAGAAUACUUAACACCAUAACACCAUAACACCUUUACAGAAAUUAAGUUAUUAAGGUGCCAGGAGGUCCCUGGCGCUGGAUUAUUUUACGAAAUUCUCUUGCAGUUUAACCUGAAAGUCUGUGUUCUGGCGCCAAAUGUCCCUUGUGCUCCUGCAGAAUCGGGCAGUGGCACCGCUGAUUGGCGGUCAGCUGAUGUUCUCAGCCAACAAGUGAAUCCCCAUUCAUAAAACUUGUUUGAAAAGGGCAUGUUAUUUUUCAAGCAAGUUUUAUGAAUUGAUUGAUUGGCUUAGAGUGUCAGCUGGCCGCUUUCAGCCACCAAUCAGCAGCAAUGCUACUCGACUCUGCAAGUGCCUUCCGGUUUUCAGACAUCUUUCAAAAAUACAGUUCUUCUGGGAACAAAAUUUUCUUUCAGCUUCGACUUGUACAUAUAGCUUACAAUGAUUUUUUUUUUUUUUAAAGUUUAAACCCAAGGUGUAUCAAAUGCUAUCUCUCUAAUAUCUUCUUCCUUACAGAUAACUCCGUAGCUGUCCGUUCUGGUGGCUGUUUUCCUGGAACUGCAAUGGUGACGAUGAUUGGUGGACAAAGAAAACCACUCUCUGAACUGCAGUACGGAGAUGAAGUGCUGACUGCUGACGAAUCAGGACAGUUGAUGUCUACAGAAGUAUUGCUCUUUUUGCACAAGGAUCUGGAUAAACUUUUCACAUUUGUUGUUAUUGAAGCUACGGAACACCCACAUAAGCUCCACCUUACACCAUACCAUCUGAUCUUCGUAUCUAGAGAACGAUCAGUAGAGUUCAUUCCAAUCUUUGCUCAUCGAGUCCAAGUCGGGGACCUAAUUCAUGUUCAUGUCAAUGGCACUCAACUGCUACCAUCCAGAGUCACAAGGGUGUCUAGGCAGGAAGGCAUUGGGGUGUAUGCUCCACUCACUGCUCAUGGUACCCUGCUAGUGGAUGGCGUGUUAACAUCUUGCUAUGCAGCAAUGGAAUAUCAUCAACUGGCACAUCAAUCUUUUGCCCCUCUGAGACUUCUCCAUAGUGUAUACUCCACUCUCCCAGAACUGAUAUGGAGCAAUGGGAUUCAUUGGUACUGCAACAUCCUCUAUGUGCUGGCUAAGCAAGUUCUUGGUUGGGAUAUGCCUUGAGUUAACCACAUGUUGAAAAUAGAUACAUUUGAAGGUGCUGCUUAAAAAGUGAGGGUUUUGCAGUUCUGGAGGGACACGACCCAUGAUAUCCUUCUGCUGACCUAUGUCAAGGUGUAGCUUCAAAGAGUAGAUUCAACAGGGUUAUCUAAGUGGAAUAGCAACACAAUGUCCAAAUGCUCUAAUACUAACUAAUUAUUUUGUUGCUAGAAGGACAGAGGUUUAAAAAUAUAAAAAGCCUUGUGACAAUAAGGGCAUUCCGCAAGUAGCUGCUAGUUUAACCCAUAAAGCUGCAUUCUUUAAUGUUAUAAUAUUUUUUCAGAUGACUGCCGUUGGCAUGUUAUAUGAAAAAGAUUAAUUAUUAUUAAAGGAACAAGGUAACUUGGAGUCAUUUAAAAGCAGAUUAGUUUUGUUUUUUUCUUGUGAUUGUGUAAGCUUGUAAUCUUAGAGUCCACAGUAAUAUCUGAUGUAGCUGGACAGUGCAGAACAUCAGUGGCAACAAUGGAGCAUUCCUAGUAACACAAUAUUUGGCAGUUAUAGGAUGCUGUUAAAUUGUAAGUACCUUUUUGAGGCAACCAAGAAUAGCAAUCACUUGCUUUUAGAUCUUUGAGUAAGCCCUGAUAGUCUUUUAUCUUUGGCUCAUGACAAAAUGGUGAUCACUCCAUGUUUAUGUCCUCUCCAUCCUUCCUGUUGUCUCACAAGAAAUCCCAAAGCAUGGAUUCACAUCUCAGUCAAACAACAGAGACUUGCAUCACACCUGUCCCCACAGGAACAUUUUAACUAAGAACUGGUUCCAAAAUCCAGGAGGGGUUUGAGGACAAGAUGCACUGAUUAUUUAUUUAUUUGUUUGUUUUUAAUUAACUGAUAGUUGUAUGAUUUUCUAACAUCCAACCUAUGGAGAGCAAUGCAAAGGAACUCUAAAUAACCUUUCUGUAUAAAGUCUGAAAAUGAAUUGUCUUUAAAGUGCUAUUUCCAUCAUCAGUGGCCUUCAAACUGCCCUUGUUCAGUAUCAUGGCAGCUGAAAUCCAACUGGAGAGCCAAAGUUGACUACCUCUGGUCUGGUCUUUCUUUUUGGUCAAACCAUGUUAAUUUUCAAUUUGCCUGGCUGAUUGCUCCUACAAAAUACUGCAAUAUUCUUAACAUACAAUAGCUAUCCAAUGGGCAUGGAAAAUUGUGUAUUUGUUGCAUUUUUAGCCCUGCAAAUAUAGUGCAGACCAUUAUUACUUUGAACCCAUUGGGGCCUAAAUAUUCAGCUCUGUUAUUAUUAAUAUAAAGAUUUGUGAGGCCCAUGAAAAGCUAUCUCUUUAUAAGUUGAACUUGCUGUUGCCAUGGGCUAACUGCUCCAGACAGAUAAACUAUACUCUUGACGAGUACAAUUCAUAAAGACUACAUUUUUAAUGGCUUAGCAAUGUCAUAUACUAUCUGCUUAAUACAUAUAAUAGGGCAGGAGAUGCUCGGAUCCUGGGUGUUGUCAUAUUCCUUGAAUGAAUGAAUGAAAAUAUAUUUUUUUAGAACAAGUCUUAUUGUAAUGUUCUAAAGGAAAUCUGCUUUAACACAGCUGCUGCACAAUCAGUCUUAGAGUAUAUUUUUCUACUUAUAAAUUGUAAUUUAAUUUUUGAAGGGGAUUAUUUUUGUUUUGUUAGUUUGUCUGUUUGUUACACAGUUCCAGCUUCAUUUACAGCCAUGAAGGUUUGUGAACUCUUCAGCAUUAUCUUUAUUGCCGAAAUUGCCAGACAAUGUUCAUCAAAGUCUAUGCUUCCCAAUCCAGUCCUCAUAGCACACCAACAGGGUUGGUGUUAGGAUUUUUACCUAGAUAAAGAUGCAUUUUGCAGCCACCUUUUACACUCCUCACAUUUUACUCCCCCAAUUACAUAGUUACAUAGUCAUCUAGGUUGAAAAAAGUCCAUCAAUAACAACCCCAUUAUCUUAGGUCGAUGAUCCAAAAGAAGGCAAAAAAACCAAAAAACUAAAACAAUUGUAGCCAUUUCCAAUAAUGCCACAAAAGGUGGAACAAUUAUUUCUUGCUGGUGGCAAUCAGAUUUCUCCUUGAAUCAACAACCUGUUUACAUACAUCAAAUAUAUCCUUCAGUAUUCUGUUUCUGCAAAAAAAGCAUCCAAGCCUUUUUUAAAUUUAUCUAUAGAAUCUGAUAACACAACCUCUUUAGGCAGAGAAUUCUACAUCUUUAUUUUUCUCACACAGAUAUCAUGAGUGCAUUGUCCAGCAUUGUCUGUGUGAGAGCCACAUAACCAUGACUCUCACACACUCAGGCAGGGCCGGACUGGCCCACCGGGAUACCGGGAAAUUUCCUGGUGGGCCGUCGGCACCUGGGGCCGGGCAGACACCUGGGUCUGCUGGCGGCCGCUGGGGAGGUCUUCUGGCGGCCGCUGG